CCACGUGAUCUCGGGGAGGGCUGGUGGUGGUGACGGCGAAACGUCGAGCCGCUGAGGGAGAAAGAGGAGGGGACCGGGGCGGUUUCUCUUUCGGAAUAGGAAAGGCGAGAGAGGGAAACGAUGGCAACGAGAGCAGAUGCUCUGGUGGUCUCUUCGCUGCCCGGUAGGUUGCUCCUUUCUGUGCCAAUAUCUGUCCAGGUAUCCCCGGCCGCCGAAGUAUCGGAUCUCACCUGCACAGGCUAUCAUGUCUUGGCUUCUCAAUUUACGUGGGACAGACAUCAGGUUAACAUGCCCUUUGGUGAACCAGCUUCAACUUCGUUAAAUACAAUAUAAGCCUUCCCGACUGCAGCGCCUUCAACCCCGAGUUGAAGCCGGUGGUGGCAAAGUCGUGUUGAACAAUGUAGACGUUGUGCAUAUUGGCUGGUGAAUGUUCAGCCUGCCCAUAUUAACCGAGCAAUGUAUGAAGUGCCCUGCUAAUCGAUUAAUGGUUGCCCAGCCUUAGUUGGAGACUGUACACAUUGACUGGGCUAUAUGCAAAAUUGCCUACUGGACACACUCUCCAUGCAGUUUAGAAAAUGUACACUAAGGCCGGCUUUAUUCUGUGUUCCUCUUGCGUUCACCACAGCAAAACAUACACAAACAAAAGUAUAAAUCCACUCUUCUCUUCACUAACUUGCUGAUCAGCUAAGUGUAAGAAAAGCAGUGCUUUGAGAGGCUUUGAUUCAGAUACUACUUUAGAUCUUGCAUUCUUCCUUCUUUCCCUUAGAAAACUGGUACAAUUGUCAAGCUGAUCGUCACAUUUAAAAAACAGAAUGUUGACUGGCCAUGAAUAUCGACCUCCAUUCCAAUGUCACAGCCUUCCAGGAAAUGCAUUGUGUUGUAUUUUACAUUUUUCCUGUGCUCCCCCACCCCUUGAAAAAUGGUUUGGAUUUGAGCGUUCGUAACCAAAGUGGAAUGAUGUCCGAAGUAUAUGCAUUUCAUGCUGAUAAUUCUUGUGUUCAGCUGUAUUACAUUAUAUUUUGCAUUUUGCCUCUUACUUUGAAUAUAGAUAGGAGAACUGAGCUGGUAUCUAACCUUAAUAUGUAGAAUUGUGUCCUGAAUAUGCACAUCAAACUUAAUUCUGAUAUUUCAAAGUUUAGAGAAGUUUCAUUACAAGUCAGCAAACAAAUGGAAUGCUCAAAUGGGCUAAACCAAAGGUCUUUCUUUGCCACAACACAUAGCUAUCUAUUUGAUUGUAAACUGGGAUGCCUGGAAUAUAAAAACUGCAGGAAUAAGAAUGACUCAUCGCCUCCCCCAGAAUUGCCCUUUUGUGAAUACAUGUUUCCCACAAUGCUUUAAGUGACUACUCCCAGCAGCAGAGAGCAGCAUACUAAGGGCCUGUGGUCUAUGUGCGCACAGUAGAGGAGGAUACUGAACACAAAGCUUCCAGAAAGGACAACUCUAGUGAAACUAGUUCUCUCUUGCCCAGUUAUUUUCCUUGCCCAUGUUUGCUUUAGGAGAUCUUAUCAUAAGAACAUAAAACAAGACUGCUGGAUCAGGCCAGUGUUCCAUCUAGUCCCAUAUCCUGGGGUCUCAAUGGCCAGCUAGAUGCCCGUGAGAAGCCUGCAAGGUGGACAAGAGCAAAACAGCACUCUGCCCACCUGUGAUUCCCAGCAGCUGGUAGUCAGAGGCAUAAUUUCUUGGGUUUCAAAGUGUCUGUGGGUAUGUGCAGGAAGUUUAUUCUUAGAGAAAACCCUCACUGAGCCCAAUCCAUACCCAUGUAUAUUGGUUGCAAGGGGAAGGAUUUGCAGCAAAAAUAAAUUCAUUAUGAUGUCAUCUGUUGGUAAAGGCAAAAGAGAGAGCGGCUAGCCUUGCAGCAGUUAAGUGCAUACAGUGAUACCUCGGGUUACAAAAGCUUCGGGUUGCAAGCACUUCAGGUUACAAACUCCGCUAACCCGGAAGUAGUACCUUGGGUUGCAAACUUUGCCCCAGGAUGAGAACAGAAAUCGUGUGGUUCCAUUAGCGAAAGCGCGCCUCAGGUUAAGAACAGUUUCGGGUUAAGAACGAACAUCCAGAACGAAUUAAGUUCGUAACCCGAGGUACUGAUUCUGAAUUUGAUCAUGCACAUGAAGGUGCAAAAAAAUAGUUCAAGUUGAUUCUGAUGAUGCUUGAAGAACUGGCCUGUUGCCUGCAUAACUCAAUUUACUUCUUGCUUUUUUAAUGCUGUUUUCUUCCUUCUUCCUGCUCACAUGCAUGUUCAUGUGGAAGCAAGUCCCCAUGUGGGCAAUUAAACUUACUCACAUUUUUACUUUUUAAAUAGAUGUGGUUGCUUAGUUUUAUUUCUGUUUAGGUUCUCCUUCUUUGCACACAUGCAUGUUGAUGUGGAAACAAGUUCCCCUGAGGUUAAUGAAUCAUGCUCAUAUUUUUACUUUAUAUAUUAUGUUUAUAUCCUCUUUUGUUUCCAUGGAAAUCAACACGGUGUGUGUAGGGUUCCCAGGUGGUCUGUCAUCCCGACCCAGCCUAGCUUAGCUUCAACAAGAUAGGUGCAUCAUCUGCCAUCAGACACUGGCAACAGUCUGAUCCUAUGAUGAGUUCAGUAUGCCUAAGUCAAUUGAAUCCAACUCUGCAUAAGAACUGGCCACAAGUUUGUCUAGAAUUGCAGCAUUAGAUGCAGACUUCACUAAAUAUUUCUCUUUUUUUUUUUUUGUAGUUAUGGCAGUUGUGACCCCCCCCCCCAAUUCAGAUCCCAAUGUGAUUUUAUGAGAAGUUCUCCUACGAUUUCCUUAUUUUUAUAAUUUUUCUUUUCUAGUGGUUUAUAUCCAAACUAUCUUUUAAGUGAAUGGGGAAAUCUGUUCAUCUCAUUAUGUUGUAUCGCCAAUAGCCUACUAGUUUAUGAGUGGUGUUCAUAAUUGAUAAAUACUAUCUUACACCUUUCAAGCAGUAUAUUCAUCUCUUUGAGGUUCUAAUAUAGUGGUACCUCAGGUUACAGACACUCCGCUAACCCAGAAAUAGUACCUUGGAUUAAGAACUUUGCUUCAGGAUGAGAACAGAAAUUGCGGCGUGGCAGCAGAGGGAGGCUCCAUUAGCUAAAGUGGUGCUUCAGGUUAAGAACAGUUUCAGGUUAAGAACGGACCACCGGAACGAAUUAAGUUCUUAACCCGAGGUAGCACUGUACUGCACAUUUACUAGGGAAAAGACCCCACUAAAUACAGUAAGACUUGCCUGUGAGUAAGCAUGCAUCAGGUUGAACUGUGAAGUGAUUCCCUGCCCCCCGACUGGUUAGAGAACUUUUGACUUCAUAUUCAUUAAGGGGAACUUGUUCAUAAUGCUCACAUGGUACAAUGCCCAGUUUAUUUAGUCCCAUCAACUGGGCAAUGUUUAGGUAAUUUUUGGAUCGGAUCAAUAAAUAAUCUGAAGCUGAUUAUUCACACUCACCCUGUGUUCAUAUUGAUGAAAAUACAAACACUGGUAAGUUUCCUGUGCCUGUCCCUUACCUAGUAAAUAAGAAAGUAGGAAAAUGAAGAAUGUAAAUAUGAGCAUGAAUCACGUCUUCAGUCAUUUGGACUAAGCCAUCUUAUUUUCAAUAUAAUCAGCUUUAAAUCUCUUCCGACAGAAUUAAGAGUUUAGGAUAGAUGUUAAAUAUUAUUCAUUUGUAUUUUCCAUUAAUCAAAUUGUAAUUGAAAUAACUAAUUGCAAUUACAGUAUUUUAAUUACUUUGUUUCCUAGCACUGUGGCCUGCAUACAGAUGUGACUCUAGUGAUGUGACCUUUCUUCCCCAGUUAAUUUAGCAUAGCACAGCAUUCCAUGUGAAUUUGCAGGCUAUAGAGCUGUCUAAAUUAGUUAAUGUGGAGGAAUGGUGCAUUGUUGAUAAACUGUUGGAAGCCAAAUUAGCUUUAUCUUGCAGCAAGCUGAUAGCAUUAUUUUACUCAUGGGACUAAUACAUCUCUAAAUAUGCUAAUUUCACUCUUACUUCUGUUGGGUGGUAUUUUUAGCAUUCUCAUCGUUGACAUUAUAAUAUUAAUGGAAGGAGAUCUCUGCUUGCUUUAGCUUGCCUCGCAGUGCAGCCCCAGAGAUGUGUAUCACUAGAGAAGGAAAUAUAUAUCUACACAAGAAAAGGACUGAUUUGUCACCUACAAGACCUGCAGAUAAUCUAAAGCCUGCACUCAAGACAAACCCCAUUAUGAAAAGUUAUGUUAAAAAGGUAGGCCUGCCAUUAUGGGCAAGCAUUUCUGAAGCACAAUGGUAGCCACGGGAGAAUGUGUUUAAGAUAACAUUGGAAUUUAUCUGCUGCAUUAAUAUCUCAUGCCAAUGUAUAUUUUUAUUCUAUGCACAUUUACUUGGAAGUAAGCUCCAUCAAGUUCAGUGGGGCAUACUGCUAGUAUGUUGUAUAUUGCACAGUUAGAUUAUUACCUCCUUAGACCGAGGCACUCUUGUCACAGAGUGCUUUGGAAGCAUAAACAUUAAUACUAAAUAGGGGCACAUCCAUUUUCAUUACAUGCAGAGAGCUUAUGUCACUCCAAGUUGUUGCUGACUGUGUUGCCUGGGAUUGAACUGGAUUCCCUAGAUGGCCACAGGCUUCCCAUUCCUGAUGUCGGCAAGAAGGGGGAGGGGAACCUGCAGUCCUAUGGAAAGUGUGCAACUAAUUUAAUUAGGUGCACCUAACUUUGUAAUAUUACAGGAUACAUGUAUCUCCUGUGUAAUCUCCUAUGCAUUUGAAAUACUGCCUUUUUACGUUGAUUGAAUUGCAGUGUGGCUGUGUUAGCAAGUCAUAGUAAACCAUAGUUUAGUGUGACCUAAACAGAUGUGAGCUUCAGGGAGCCUUGGGUGAGCACAUAGUCCUUGACUCUUCUCAGACAGCUAAGAUUAGGAAUUAAUAAGCUUUCAUUUCUGUUUUUUAUUAACUACAAUGUUCUGUGUCCUCCAGACUUGGAACUGUAGUUAGGCAAUCUUAACUUUAUUUAGUUUGACUGAACCAGCUUUAGUAACAGCAGUUUGAAGCCAGCUUGUUUCAAACGUUAAUGAAAAUCAGAGUGUACAGUUCUGGUUGCCUCACCAGCAAAAGGAUGCUGUAUAGCUGGAAAUGGUUUGGAAAAGGGCAACUAAACUGAUCGAGGGGAAAGAUAAAGUACAAGUGGGAGAGAGUGCUGUUGUGCCCAGUCUUGCUUUCAGGCUUCCCAUAGUUGUCUGGUUAGCCACUGUGAGAACACUCGGGUACCUCGGGUUACAUACGCUUCAGGUUACAGACUCCACUAACCCAAAAAUAGUACCUGAGGUUAAGAACUUUGCUUCAGGAUGAGAAUAGAAAUCGCAUGGCGGUGGCGCAGCAGCAGGAGGCCCCAUUAGCUAAAGUGGUGCUUCAGGUUAAGAACAGUUUCAGGUUAAGAACGGAUCUCCAGAACGAAUUAAGUACGUAACCAGAGGUACCACUGUACUAGACUAGAUUGGCCACUGGGCUGAUCCAGCAGGCUCUUACGUUUGCCUGCCUAGACAAGCCACAGUUAAGCAAACUUCUUUGUCUCCUUCUGGCUACAAGGAACUAGGAAAGGGGAGCACCUGAGCCCGAGACUUGCUGUGACUCAUUUCUACUUGUUCACAUUCCACUAAACUAUGGCUUAGUUUUUGCAUGGCAUGCAAUCAUAGCCCGUGACUUCCUGCUACAAUUGUUCCUACUAGAAUGCCAUCUGACACUUUUCAUAUGCAGAGCUCUGCUGAGAGAUGUUUUAAUAAAAACUAAGCAGAUUUGCCACAAGCAAUUUAGAAAACAAUAAUUUAGAAGGCUUCUGAUCACAUGGAGUUAAUUGAAGAAACUGGAACCUCUCAAUAUUUAUACUGACAUUUCUUGGAUCAAUAAAAAUGUGAUCUAGCCUCCUUGCCACAUUUCUAAUGUAUAUAGAGGUUCCACUUCUUUUCCUGACAGUCUGUGCUUUUAUAUAGCGUUUAUGACCCAACAUAUAUAACUGUUGUUUAUUGAUUUAAAACAUUUUAUCCCAUUCUUCGGCCUGAAAAAAUCUCAGAGCAGCUUAUGAAGAUUAAAAACAAGAUAGUCCCUGCCCUCAGGCUUACAAUCUACAAAACACACACAAAAGAAAAGGGGAUUGGGAAGGAGGUGUUGUGCGGCUCAGCAACCUUUGACACAAGCUCUUUACAAAAUUCAGCAGGUCAUGGAGCUGCAUCUAAGCACAGUGGGAGGGCUGCUGAUUGCUUACUUUCUGGUGUUCUUAGCAGUGUUGUUGUUGUUGUUUAGUCAUUUUGUUGUCUCCAACUCUUCGUGACCCCAUGGACCAGAGCACACCAGACACUCCUGUCUUCCCUGCCUCCCGCAGUUUGGUCAAACUCAUGCUGGUCGCUUCGAGAACACUGUCCAACCAUCUCGUCCUCUGUCGUCCCCUUCUCCUUGUGCCCUCCAUCUUUCCCAACAUCAGGGUCUUUUCCAGGGAGUCUUCUCUUCUCAUGAGCUGGCCAAAGUAUUGGAGCCUCAGCUUCAAGAUCUGUCCUUCCAGUGAGCACUCAGGGCUGAUUUCCUUAAGAAUGGAGAGGUUUGAUCUUCUUGCAGUCCAUGGGACUCUCAAGAGUCUCCUCCAGCACCAUAAUUCAAAAGCAUCAAUUCUUCGGCGAUCAGCCUUCUUUAUGGUGUUCUUAGCAGUAACAGUUGGUAAAUGACAUUAGAACCAAGCACGAUGGAGGGUCUUGACAAAAAGGAAUUUAUUAGGGGCAUUUUUUUUCUUGAGUGGAGAAGAGAUGAUUCAGUAAAAUACUCCUGCUGAAUAUCUGCAGCUGUUUAAAAUACAAAGGCUCUGCUCAGGAAAAAGAUGGAUACCCUAACAGCACAAUCAUCUUAUUCAGAAGUUCUAUUGAGUUCAAUAAUGUUUAUUCCCAAGUAAGUGUUCGUUGAAUUUCACUGUUGAAUUUAUCUUUUAAAGCAGUGGUGGGCAUGCCAGAUUUGGCCUAUGAGUCCAUUUUCUCUAAACAUUGCUCACCUCCCUCAUACCUGACACUCUGUGAUAUAGAGGGUGGGGAGGUAGAGACUGGGCUCUCAGUUCCAUGGGAGAAGGAGCAAGGGUGGAAUGAGAAGCAAGAGAACUUGGUGUCAGUGAGGCAAACAAUUAUAUAUCUGGGAAGUUCCCUAUUCAUAUGAGGAUUUGUUUUGAGAAUUACCUUCGCAUUUGUCGUUGAUUUAUAUGUAACACCAAACAGUAGUUUGCUGCUAUAUGAAAGAACCCUCAGCUCACACACUCCUUGCCCCUACAGUGGUGCCCCGCAAGCCGAAUGCCUCACAAGACAAAAAACCCACUAGACGAAAGGGUUUUCCGUUUUCGAUGCGCUUCGCAAGACGAAUUUCCCUAUGGGCUUGCUUCGCAAAACGAAAAAGUCUUGCGAGUCUUGCGAUUUUUUUCGCUUUUUCCUCCCUUUUUCUAAGCCGCUAAUAGCCUUUUAGCCGCUAAGCCUUUAAUAGCCGCUAAACCGCUAAUAGCGCUAAGCCGCUAAGCCGCUAAUAGGGUUGCUUCGCAAGACGAAAAAACCGCUAGACAAAGAGACUCGCGGAACGGAUUAAUUUCGUCUUGCGAGGCACCCCUGUAGUAUGCUCUGAUUUUUCCUUUCAUUUCAAAACAGUGCUAUUGCAUCCAAAACAGGCAAACCAUAGUUUCCCCUACAAACCAGAAUUGCUAAUAUCUUUCAAGCUAUGUUCUGCACUCCUAGGUUGUGAGCAUACUAUGCUUUGCCCAGUUUGGAUAUAAUGAAAAAGUAGGGUUUUUAAAAAAUACAUUUUUUGAAUUAUCUCCGCAUAAGCUCUAGAACAGGGAACAUUUGGUCAUUCAGAUUCCAUCUUCCAUCAGCCCCAGACAGUCAGGGAUGAUGAGAGAUGUAGUCCAGCAACAUUUGCAGGGCCACAGGUUUGCCACCCAUGCAUUAGAGAGGCUAGAGUUUUAAACUCACUGAUGCAUCUUUCUGAAAUAUUUUGAAUCUUUAUUUUAUUUUAAAAUUUUGGUUGGCUAUAGAUGACAUGCAAAUGAUGCUAACUAUAUGCAGCCAAAAUGUGAAAUUGAGUUUGGGCUCUGUGAAAAUUAAUAAAUAAGUGCCCAGUUAAACAGAAUUUACAGAAAUGAGAUCUCACCAGAGCCACUAAAAAUAGUCUUCCAACACUACCCUGUCUAUUAACUGGAAAAUUGCAUUUCCUCAUAAUCCUGUGAGCGACUUUAUCUUCUUUUUGAUUUUUACACAAAAGGGGCUUCAUUUUUAAAAACUCACAGUUGUUCCCCCAGCCCACCCCAAUGCCCCAAGAUGUUAGGCUGAUACAUUAUUAUGUGCUUAUUAGAGUAACAGCUGGAUAUAUAGCUUACUCUCAAAAUAAAGUGUUAUUUUAGUGAAACUGGUUCUUUCUUUGGAAAAUUAUUCUAAAACCUCUCAAUUAAACCCCAUAUUUAAUCAGCAGGGUAUGUUGGCAGAAGACAACUGCUGACAUGUAGUGAAUUCUUCUAAUUUGCUAAAUUAUUCUAAAUAAUUGACAGUACAUUUAACUUCUUAACAACAUGGAGUUCACUUUUCUGCAGAAACCCUGUGGUGCUAAAUUCUUUAUUUCCCCCAGUUCUGCAGAAUUCUCAGCGAUUAAUUGAAAAGUUUGAACAGUUUUCAGUCAGGGUUUUGUUUUUUCCCUACUUUGAAAAUGUUUAAAAUGGUUUUCAAAACAUGAUGUAUAUUUUCUGAAGACAGUGUGAGACCCUGAAGAGGGUGGAAUCUUGCAUGCAAAAAAUUUGCACAUCAAAGUGCUUGUUAGUUCUGGUGCAGGAAGGCUUGCCAUUUACAUGGUUGGAACUGGUCAAAGCGUGUUGGAAGCCACUUGACAUAGCUUUCCAUGUGGUGCAGUAGAACUGCAUUUGCAAUAGAACUGGUUCUGCAUGUGCAUUGCUGCAUGUGUAAUUUGGACCUUUGUUUCCUUGGGACAGUUGUGGCAUUCUUUAGUGAGACAGGCUACCAACAACAAUGGUAAGGCCCACCAUUAUAUACUGGUCUUAGAAACCAUAUGGAUUUGUUCAUGGUAUAGUAGUCAGAUUCACCUUCAGUUGUUGACAGCAUCUUGUAGACGUAGCUGAUGUUUUAGUUAGCAGGUGGCUAUCUCAAAUGAUAAUAACAAUUAAGAACGGAUGAAUGGAAGGGCUUGUUCCUUUUGUGGGGGAUGCUGGGAUCUAGCAAAAGUUCCCCACAGAAGGUAGAGAGCAGGAAAUUGAUUUUUACCAAGUACCCCUGAACCCCACAGUGCCAGAGAGUUCUCCAACCUCCCAGAGCAGCUUUUUAGGCAGCAGAGGGAAGAUGGAAUUGGCAAAAGUUGCCUUUCCAGCACAGGUGGAACUCAGCUGAGCCCAAGUCUCAAAUAUCAUCCAAUCCAAUUACUCUGAACAACAUAAAACAUCUCUACCCUAUAUUUUCAUUCUCUGGAAUAGUAAAGUUUAAGUCAAUCUUGAGAACUUCAUAUGAGAUAGCUAUAAGUAAUUCCAGACAAAAUGAACAUUUUGUCUUUAUUAUUCCCUGAGAUGGCAUCAUUUGAUGCUUCUCAAAAGGAAAUACUGCUCACAGGACACUUCAGCUUCCUAGAAGGUAACACAUUAGCUCAGUCUCAUGGAAAUCUCAGGCCCAGUUUUUUAAUUUAUAGCUAGUUGGGGGUCUGAAAAUAUAAUGAAAAGUCGAUUUACCCAAUACAAAGCAAUCCUUGCCAAGGAAGGCUGGUCACAGCAGUACAGUGGAGGGCAGAGAGGGCUCUGUGCUUUUCUGGACCUAGGUGUGCAAGCAGAGCUGGCUGCUCCAACCUGGCUCCAGGUAAGUAAGAGCAUGUGCAGACUUCCAUAUCUUGUCUUUCUACAUGUGAUCAGACAGCAAGUGUUAGGAUAUUUCCGUUCCACCUUAAAAGGGAGCAGGCUUUGUGAGUCACAGAGUCUGCGUAUUUCCUGUUCACAGGAAGUUUAUGUUUUGUCUAUUGCUUUCGUUUCUCUCUCUGUGCCUGAGACACCAAACGGCAUAACUCUGUAUUCAUAGGUGCCCAGCGGCGUGAACAUGGCCGUCUUCCACUCGUCACCUUCCCUCAUGCGUAUGAGAUUGUAGGCUCCGCGUAGAUCCAACUUGGUGAAGAUCCUCCCCUUCCUCACCGUCGCGAGCAGGUCGUCAAUCUUGGGCAUGGGGAAAGCCUUGGGUUUUGUCAUCGAGUUUAUGGCCCUAUAGUCCACAAUGAGUCGUUUUUGGGGCGUGUCCUUCUUCUUCACAAAAACACAGGACUGCCCCCACUGCCUUGGAUUCUCGGAUGAAUCCCGCUUCAAAUUGUGAUCUAUGAACUCCCUGAGCUCCUGCAUCUCAUCUUCAGACAUGGAAUACAGCUUCGCAGUCGGUAGCGUUGCCCCUGGUAAGAGGUCAAUUGCACAGUCGUAGGGCCUGUGGGGUGGUAAUUGGUCAGCUUCCUUCUCGCAGAAGACCUCCAAAAAUCCCUUGUAUUUGUGGGGCACUGCCUGCACCAUGCCUAGAUGCAGCUGUUGCCCUUCCUCCCGGCCCUCCUCGUCCUCACCAAUCUGGAUGCAAUGUUGUGCACAGUAGGACGAGCCAAAGGUGAGCUGCCGCUGGUACCACGCCAAGGAUGGACUGUGUCUAUCCAGCCAACUCAUGCCUAGCACUAUGGGCGUGUCUGACAGUUGGGUGACAUUGAAACUGAUGACCUCGCGAUGAUUCCCAAUUUUCAGCAGCAUGGAUGGCGUCUGUUGUACCACUUGCCCACCCAGCAACUUCCUGCCAUCUACAGUGACCACAUUCAGAGGCAGCGUGGCUGGUAGUAGCGCUAUGCGAUGCUGCUUGACGAACUGCACCCCCACGAAGUCAGCGUUGCUCCCUGAGUCAAUCGUAAUGGGGACUUCCAGGGUGAGUCCAUUAGGCAGCUGGAGAGUAGCAGUGAGCUGCACCACUGGCUUAGGUGGUAAGGGGUCUGUAGGCUGCAAAAGCGCUGGGGACUGCUUCAUUGACGUGCCUGGUGGAGCCCCAGCGUCUCUCCCUCCAACCAGGCAUUCUCGUUUCCCUGAAACUGCUCCCCUUGGAAAGCUCCCCUGUUACUGUUGCUAAGGCUGCAGUGUGCUUCUGGAGCCUCUGGGGACACUCUUUAGCCAUGUGCCGUGCACUGUCACAGAUGUAACACUUCCUGGUCCCUCUAGGAGGCUUCGCUUUGACUGCUCCUGACGCUGAGGCUCCGGCAGCUGUCUGAGCCUUUGCACCACCCAGUUCCAUCUGUUCUUCCCCUCUGCCAGGACAGGCGAAAGGCGUGAACGUUCCAAGUCCCUAGAAGGAAAAGGAGGCGCUCUAGCUGGUGGGCGGACGUGACGCCCCUCCUCCCUGUGCCAAGGGCGGUCUUCUUGGCGCACCCCUAUCGUGAGUGCCCUCUGCACGACGUCUGCUAGGGUUUGAGGUCUGUCUCCCUAGCCAGCUCAUCUUUCACUGAGCCGUGUAGCCCUUCCCAAAACAAGUCCCUUACUGCCAGGGAGUCCUUUUCCCAGCCCAGCACAUUCAGCAAUGCAAAAAAGCGAGAAUGGUACUGACGCACUGUAGCCUUGCCCUGCCGCAAUCCAUGCAUCUCCUGACGUGCCACAUCAACGUCAACAGUAGAUUGGAAGCAAGCGUCCAUGGCUUUGAGAAAUUCAUCAGAGUCCCUGCGUGCAAGACCAUCUUCGCGCCAUAAAUUGCGUAACCAAUUCCUUGCUUCCCCAUGCAAAUGGGACACAAUGAACCCCACUUUUUCCUCCUCAUCCUUGAAGUCCUUUCGAAGUAAAUGCAGUGCAUAUACGACGUCUGCUCUGAAAUUGGGAUAAUGCUUCAGGUUCCCAUCGAAGUGGGCUACUAAAUUGCCCCCUUCGUCCCAGUCCGAUUCCCUCUGAUCUGGACCCCGGGAACCCCUCUCUGCACGCCCGAUCCCACCUGGCUUGCAGAUCCUGGCAUCGCGCUUCUGCUUCUGCAACUGUCUUCUGAGAAACCACGACGGCAGUGGAGAGCUCGGUGACUGCGUUUUGCAGGGACGCUAUCUGCUCCUCAGUAGUCAUUGCUGCCAAACUCGUGAGCUGUGCAAAAAAAAAUUUUUUGCUUUUGAGACGGGACUUACUGUCAAGGCUGCCUCAAGUCUUAGCUCACAAAAGACCAACGCCUACGUCUUCUUGAAUACAAAGGUGUUUAUUGCAGUUCAUGGUUUGCUUGACAUCUUAGGCGCGCAGCCUUACGUCUCUUACGCUAGACCGCCGAAGUCCCGUCUGAGUCAGUCCCUCCUCUGCACCAAUUUAAGAGACUUGCGCUGCUCCACCUCUUUCUCUCCUUCCUUUUCCGCAGGGUCUUUCUGCCCCUGGGGUUUGCCCCCUUCUGGAUUCCUCUGACGCGGAAUCAGACUGCUGCUCCCCCUCCUGCGGGCUUUGGGACCUGGCCCCUCCUCCGGGCUCCCUGCACUUCCGCGCGCCUCUACAUUUGAACUAGGCGCGCGCGCCAAACCUCUAACUUUCCUUUUGACAGUUACACUGCUCCCUUCACUGCGCCCCCCCCUUCCGGGAGGGCUGCUUGCUCUGACCCCCCUCCUCUCUCUGCUGCUGGAGCUCCUUCCUCUGACACACUGGAAACUCCACCCCCUUCGCUGCACUUUGGUGGGGAGGCUGGUCCUGACGCCCAGCUGCCACUUUGGGAUCCUCCGCUGGCACCCUGCUCCUGACAUUUCCCCCCUGGGGCUCCCCUGGCCCUGACCACCGGCGCCCCCUUCUGGGAAUCCUCUGAUUCGCUGGAAAGACUCAUGGAAUCCCUUGAGUCAUUGUCGUCCUCUUCCUCGCUGGCUUGGAAUUCCUCCCCUUCGCUCUCCAUCUCCUGCCUACCCUGUGCCUCUCUCUCUGAACCCCUGACAACCACGUUAUGUAUUUAAUUUUUAAUCUUUAAAUGUAUAUUUGAUGUUUUAAAAAUUGUGAACUUUGCAAGGUGAUUGACUUUUCUAAUAAGCAAAAGGACAGCUGUGAUUCUGUUUUCCUGGAUGUUGGAAAAUCAAAAAGAUGAAUAAGGCCAGCACAGCUGCCAGGUCAUGAAAAGCUAGCUCUGUGCUUUAUUGCACUAAAACAAAUGCAUGUUAGAAAUGUAAUUAACUAUAACAGUACAAGGGUGCAGUGUAUCAGCAUGAGGGUGUGGGACUUUGUAAAAAGGUUUAAGUCCUCACAACUUAUUAUAUCCCACUACCAUCUAGCAUUAAAAAACAAACAAAAACUGUUGCCCUUAAUCUCUAGCUGAGGGUCAUCCCAAAGCUAUGCUCAAUACCAGCCAGUUAAUCAAUCCUGAAAGCCAGCUUGCCUGGACUUGCAACUGCGUCUGCAAUCCUUGCUCACAGCUGGACACCCUUCUCCAUCUGAUAUAUUUUUUCUCUGUAUUCAGCUUGUUGCUUGAUAACCCAUAGAUUUCCUUUCGCCAGGAUAAGAAACAACAUAUGGCAAGGAAUACAGCUCCUGUGAGACCCCCACGUGCAUUGGACUUGUAGCGUAGCAGAGGGUAAGGCCAAGGGCUAAGUUUCAUUCGUGCCUCCUUGGUUUUAGAAAUGUCACGCUGUCAAGUGGUCUGUUGCUCAUGAAAGGAGGUUAUAAAAAUAAAAGCUGACCUAUAGAACAGCUAAGUAAAAAGCAUGCAUUCUUAAAGAAAUCCAGUGCAAGUUGCAUUCAUAUAUGAGUGAACCACAUUUCCAGUGAAGGUCUUAGAAUUUGGUUAUUUGAGGACCAAUCUACCUGUGAUGUUAAUCGCAUAGUUUGUCCAUCUUGGAUCCAUGAAUUUGCAUUCAGAAAUAGCCGCAAGGGUAUCCUGGUGUAGAUUAAGAUUCUAGGAUGGGAAAUGGGUGGAUUUAGCUGUCCCACCCCUCCUGCUGCAGUUCUGGUAUGGCCUGCUGCCUUUGCAAUUUGCAUGGGGAGGAAGGCUGCAGUUGGAGGGAAUGGGAGGUUUUCCCCCUUGCAAGUUGUCAGCAUAGAUCCCCAGUGCGCUUUGGGACUACAAGGGGGGUAAAGGGCUAAUGCCAUCCCACUUCCCACAUCAAUGCUCCCCAUUUGUUGGCUGUUUCCAAAAUACAAUGUGUGAACUCAAGGGCAAACCAUGUAUUUAACACGUAAAAAGGUAAAGGUAAAGGGACCCCUGACCAUUAGAUCCAGUCGCAGACGACUCUGGGGUUGCGGCACUCAUCUUGCUUUAUUGGCUGAGGGAGCCGGUGUACAGCUUCCAGGUCAUGUGGCCAGCAUGACUAAGCCGCUUCUGGCGAACCAGAGCAGCACACGGAAACGCCGUUUACCUUCCUGCCGGAGCGGUACCUAUUUAUCUACUUGCACUUUGAUGUCCUUUCGAACUGCUAGGUUGGCAGGAGCAGGGACCGAACAACGGGAGCUCACCCCAUCGUGGGGAUUCGAACCACUGACCUUCUGAUCAGCAAGCCCUAGGCUCUGUGGUUUAACCCACAGUGCCACCCGCCCAAAUGAUGCCAGUCCUUGGCUUUGAUGAUGAUUCUCACCUUGCUCUGCUCAGGUAGAUAGUUUUAUCCAAUUUUUAUGCUCUUUGACAAGAACACUGACUGUUUUAUGAAUUUUUUCAACAGAAGGGGUGGGAGUUUGAAUUCCCAUGGACGUCUGUGAGAGCCUCCUUAGUGAUUUCUUUGAUGCUUGAAUGGGUUUGUCCAAUAAAUUUAUAUAUUCCCAAGCUUCAUAAGGUUAUGAUAGAUUCAGUAACAGAUAUACCAGGUAGUGAUUUUUAUAACUGUAAUAUUGGUCUUUCCACAAUCUUGGCAUGCCCUUUUUAGACCUUGGAGGGGAUUUCUUUGCUGUUUGCAUUAGUACUAAUUGGAUACCGAGAUUCUACAGGUAGAUAAUGAAUCUAAAUAACUGGUUCUGCUGGGAAGUAUAUGAGGCUAUAGUUGACCCAUUAUUAUAUAUAUACAGAAUGAGCUAUAGUUCACCAGUACUUAGACAGCUUGAUUACCUACUACUGUAGUUUGUUUCUUAGCUCAUUCAAAGUCCUGGUUUUAAACAUCCAAAGAUCUAAACAGUAUCAGAACAGCGUUUCAGAAGAUCUCAGUUAAAAAUGAACUUGUUUGUUUUUGAGAUCAUUUAUAUAGAAAUCUGGCACUGGGUGUCCCCAACUUCUAAGGGGGAUGGCUUUUGGAGACAGGGCCUUCCCAGUUAUGGUGGCUCAUCCAUGGAAAUACCUUACACAUGGUGGUCACUUUGCACCAAAAUUGUUUACUUUUAGGUGUCGGAUAAAGAGUAUUCUGUUUGCCUGCCGGGACAUAGGAUGGGUUUUAAGUCGCUUUAGCUGUCCAAUUAUUUUAAAUUGCUUUUUUAUCUACCACUUGCUGAAACUUUGCUGCUCAUUUUGUUAAUUUGCUUCCUCUUAAUUUGACAUGGUUAUUGUUGCUGGUUUUGAAAAUGUUCCUGAACCAUGUUGAUUUUUUAAAAAUGAUAAAAAAAAUGAAAGACAGAACAGAAAUAUUUUACAUUUCCAGGAAUUUUUCCUGUGGGGCCUACAAGAGAAGGGAAAGAGAGAUUACUUUACAGCAUGUUUCUUCCUUGGUCCAAUAUUCAGAGCCGACUGUGAUUGAAAUAAGUUGUUAUGUGAAAUAUAUAUAACAGUGAACAACAACAAAAAUCCAUGCACAUUUAAAAAUUCCUUUUUAUUAAAUUCUUGUUGGGACAUUAAAUCAAUGUUGUGAUGUUUUUAUGAUCUCUAGAUACAGUCUGCUUCUUUUAUUCUGUGGGAUCGUUACAUUUGUUUAUUGAAAAAAGCAGUUCCUUCCUCUUAACAUGUCCCUUUAGGGAAGUUGUUGUAAACCUGCCGAGUUUAUCCAAGGCUGCCAACAUUUCAGGCUGACAGUUUCAGUGGGGCAUAUAAAUCUCAGGGCUAAAUUGAAAUCUGGGAUUAGCAUAGUCCUUGGGUUAGCACACAACAUUUUUUUUAAAGGUAGAACUAGAUGAUUUUUUGAAAGCUGCUUCAUCAGUUUUGCAUUACAAAGUAUAUUUAAUUAAUUAGCUAAAACUGGAUGCAUCAGCACAUUCUGCCAUCGCAUUGACAACAACCUGUACUUAUCCCCCCUCCCGUUUUUGAAUGGAAUGUUUGCCUGCAUUGGGUGUCCCCCUCCCCUGCAACACAUUUUGGGUUUAUCACAAAAUGUGUCCUUUGAACAUUCCUUAAUUAGGAGACUUGUGAUGAAUGUCAGACUAAUUCUAAAUUACUAGGGCUAUGCAGCACAUUAGGAAAUCAUAAAUAUUUACCAAGAUAUUUAUAUUCUGGAAGUUAAUGGGCUGCUUUAAAUUCUCAUUUAACAUAAAAAAUUACGGUGUCAGGACUGCAAAAAAAUUCGAUGAAACAAAAUGUUUGAAGUGUGGAGGGGAGGGGGGUAAGAAUUCAGGUUUAAUCAGGAGAGUCCAAUAAUUUAUGGGUUUGGGACCAUGAGAUGACAGGUAACUGUUCUUACAUGAUUAAUCAUCUAUCAAAAUUUGCUCUUUUUUAUUGUAGGUGGUGAUGUCAAACCUUUUACACCAGAAGAAGCCAGAGAAAUUGUGAUGUCUCUCCAGAAACCUGCAGUUUUCUGCAACAUGGCUUUUGAUUGGCCAGCACUUCACUGGAAUGCUAUAUAUCUUGCUAAGCUAUUGGCUGGAAAGAGAAUGCGUUUUCGAAUAGGAAUGAAGGACACGGGCACAGGUAGGGGAUGCUUAAAUGCAAUGUGCAGCCCUGUUCCACACUUCUCCUUACAUUUAUGUUUUUAUUUUAUUUUAAAGCAUUUGUCCCACAUGUCAGUCUAGAACAAAAUGACUCACAAUCAUAAUAAAAACCCUAAACAUGAAAAAAAAAUCUUAGAAUAACAAAUAAAACAUCAUUAAACACUGAACAAACAUAAAACCAACGGAACAUGCAAAAAUCAGCUGUUAAAUAUUUCCUGAUAAAGAUAAAUAAUUUUUGUCAUUUUUUUUUUUUUAAGCAUCUUAAGCACACAUAUCACCCCCAAGUAUUCUGGAAUAAAAUGGCUAAGAUUGUCUCGAAUGAAUAGUAGAAAGUAGGCCUAGCAUGCAUUCCUAAGGAGAGUUUGACAGAAUGAAUGCCAUCGUGUCUUGCUCUGUCAACGUCCAAAACUUAUGUCAGAUAGUGGUAGCAUUUAGGGCAAGAUCUUAAGCACACACAGGAAUUCUUAUUGGAGGAGCCAUUCACAAAAACAGAGGUGGGGAACUUGUGGCCCUCCGGGUGUCACUUAUAUCCAGCUUCCAUCAGCCCCAGCCAGCAGGGCAUUCAAUGGUCAGGAAUGAUGGGAGUCCAUUGAUAUCCUAUCAACCUACCCAUGCUCUGGUCAUGGAGUGGUAAACUUUUUUUGGCUCUAAAAACCAGAUCCUUAUGAGGAUCGCCCUCAUGGGCCAAAUUUGACGUCGCUCACAUGUCAUUUUUAUGAAGCCACAUGAUGGACAGUUGGCUUGUUCUGCCCACCUGUCAAAAUUCCUUGCACGGGUUUCCCAAGCUCCUGACUGCCAGCACAACGGGCACUGAAUAUUUAUGUAUGAUGAAUUUGCAUACAUGAAUAUACUUUGGUAUGUUUUGUGGUACAGCCACAAUGGCUGCAAAGAAAGAUGUCUUGUAGAGGUUCCAUAAAAACAUGCUGUAGCACAAUUAUGAAUAUAAAUAUACUGUACAUAAAGGACGGGUGCCUUUUCUUGUUGGGAUCACCAUGUUUUGGAGAGGUUUCUCCAUAAUAAGUGGAAUCCUUAUUAGGAAAGGAUUUUGUCCCCACUGAGCUAGAGUAACAGUGCUCCCCGCUUUGCCAGCACAGGCUGUUCAAGGAUUUGAAUGGUUAUUAGGGCACAGACCCAUGUGUGCAUUAAUUUAUACAUACAGGCAUAUCUGGAGAAAUUAAGGUUGUGAAUUUGUGAGAUCAGCACAUCAGCACUACACUUUGCCAAGGGAAAGGAGCAGGAGCUCUAGGGCUCAGACCCCUGGGCUAUCCCCUAACAAUGCACCUGUGUUGAGCUUUGGGGAGGAAACAGAUACCUGGUCAGAGCAGUCAGAACAGUUACCACACAGGGAGCAGGGUACCACGGCCCCUUUGCCAGAGUGUGUUGCAGCUUCAGUUAUUGGGCACAACAGUGUUGCUGGUUGGCUAUGGGGCAGCUGAGCCUGGCAGCCUCUGACCUCCAGGACUUCCUGCGGUUUGUUUGCUGGGGCUGAGCAGCCAAGAGGGCUUAAGCAGCUCAGUUGUGGUUAGAGGCAAUGGAUUAUUGACUAGCUGGCAACUGUUCCCUUCCCAAUACAAUGCCGCUUAUCAGUAUUAUAAAUAUUUUAUGCGGCUUCAUUGAUGCAAAAUCCUUUUAAAUUCUUUGAUUACUGAUGUUGUGCAAAGUAUUUAUAUAUUUUUAAAUGAAAAUCACCAAGAGUAAUAUACAUUUCAUCAUUUGUUCUCGAUUCACUGAGAUCAAUCAGAACUCUCCAGUAAUAGAAUACAUAUUAAUUUAUCUCCUAAAUAUUGUAACAAAUCUACCAUCCCCACAGCUUUGUGGCUGCCUGUGUGCUGCUACUGCUGGCAACUACAGGAAUGAAAAGGCAUCAGAGAUGGAACACCCAAUUCCCAAAAUAUAGCCACUUGCUGUUUAGGAGGGACAUGUUGCCUUUGGCACAAACUCCAGUGCUUUUUAAAGCAGAUGAGAGUCAUUUGUGAGCCUGACUCUCAGGUUACCUUGGGUGUCCUCACUGUUUGGAGACUUACCAAAUGACUGCACCUGCUUUCAUGUGCAUACCUCUGAGUGACUGACUAGACAUUUUUGAGUGUGAGUGAAUGAGGGUGGGCAAAGAAUGCUGCAAAUGCCCAAUCUUUAUAUCCUUUAGGCCUCUUUCUUAAAAACUGCAAAUGGGCUGAGAGGUGAAUAAUAAGGAAAGCACCAGUGCCAUCCAAUGGAUUUGGUAAUAAUCACCUGAUAACAACAGCAUUCAGUCCAUAGAGACAAACUCUACUCAGGAAGUGGUACUGAGGUCAAAGUCUUUCUGUACCUUUCCAUCCCUAACUUGAAAAAUCCCAUAUUAAGGCAAAACCCCACCACCACCACUUCUGUGUGUCUGGCAUAAUACCAUUGUAUGCUAAAUAGGUCAGAGGUAUCUUUGGGGAAACCCAUUACACACCCACUAGAAAGAUGUGUCUUUCUACAGCCAAGAAAAAGUAACCCUAGAAAAACAUGUGACAUAUGUAAUUGACGCAGUGUCUUUAUGUCAGUUCUUGAGAAGGACAUGACUGCCCCAUUGGUUCCUUUCCUUUCAUUUUAUUUUAGGUUAAUGAGCUGAUGUUUCCAAGAUAGCUGCAUUUUUCAGAUUUAGUUAUUCCAUUAUGAUCGACUGACUGUACUGGUGAUAGCUUUUAAUUAUUCACUAAGCGCCUAAUGAAUAAUUUUGUAUUUCUUGCUGAAUCAAAAAUAAAUUAAAUCGAAGUCUCUGCAUUGGGGAUAAUGGAACCAGCUAUACAGCUUUUUGCCUUUUCCAUUAAUAGUGAGGAUUUUUCCAAUAAACUAUCCAAGUGAGAGAUGUUUCUUGAUUUUUUCCAAAUAUUUGCCUUGCUUAUCUCAGAAAGAACCAGAGUUAUAUGAGAAUAUUGUCCUUGCCAAAUUAAUUCAUGUAUCUGAAUGUCCUUCAAUAGUCAUAUAUAUCUUUGUGGGGUAAUAUCCCCUUAAUCAGCUCAUAUUUUCACAAAGUGAUGUGUCUUGCAUUCAUGGUUCUACAUCGAUAACAAGCAGUGAACUGUAGUAGAGGGGAGAAAAUGAAUGCAACUAAUCUAAAGGCUGAUAUCAUACAUAGCCCAGAUCCAUAACUUACAAAUUUGGUGCAACACAGGAAUAACCCCCAAUCCUUUUGUGGGGGUUGUGAAGGUGAAUCACAUGAAUGAGGCCUUUUCUCAUAGGCCAUUUCCCCCCACAUUAAAGGUUAUGUGUGUGGUAAGUUUCCCGCUGCUGCCCUGUCUUAUGUACCCUGUACACCCAGGGCAUAUCUGAACCAAGCUAAAAUAUAAUGCCAAGGCAGGGAACCUGUGGUUCUACACAUUAUCAUUUUGUAUUAAAUUUCUAUUCCACUCUUCAUCUGAGCAGCUUGCAGUUCAAAACAAACACAUACACACAAAAUAAUUAUGUAGUAACAAACAAAACCCAUACCCUACCACACACAAUUUAUAAGGUCACAUAGAUUGUUUAAUUAGUCAAAGGCCUGGGAGAAGACAAAUUUUUUACCUGGUGCCUAAAUAUAUGUAGCAAAGGUAUUAGGCGAGCCUCCCUGGGCAAAGCAUUCCACAAUGUUGGGGAAUACAGCUUCCAUCAUCCCUGCCCGUUAGCCUUGCUUACUGUGGCUGAUGGGAGCUGGAGCCUUACUUCGCCGGGGGGGGGGGUCACUAGUCCCCAUCCCUUGUUUGCUAGAAACCGCAUGUGCACAAUUUUAUUAUUUAAGGUAUAGUUAUGAUUUCUGAAGAAGGUCUUAGUACAGCACCAAGCCAAUUUCUGUAUUGCUGAUCACCAGGUUUGUCUUACAUUCUUAGCCAAUAAACCUUACAGUGAACUGAAGGCGGGGGGGAGAGAAACUGAUAUCCAAGCUGGCCAUAUAGAAAACUACAACAAUAAGUUUUGUUCUUUUGCCUGAAGGAAAUUAGAACAAAUGUAUGAGCUUGUGAUGGUAGCAAUUCCCAUGCAGUCAGAGCAAUGAAGAAUGAAUGCCCUCGGAGCACUGACUUGCUUGUAAGAAUGAAAGGCGUCCAUAUUUAAGCAGCUGUAGAAGAGUACUGGAAUGAAGGCUAAAUGAUUGUUCUGUCAUUGCCAUUCAUGCAGUCCUUUGCAAUUUGCUUUCCUCAAUAAUAAUGGUUUCGGUCCAGUAUAUAAUUUCAUAUAUUACGGUGGUUUUUUUGGUGCAAGGACAAGCUCUGAUGAGAAAUGAAGGUUUCUGAUUAGCCACAGGAAAUAUGUGACACAGUGCAAGAUAGAAUACCGCAGCCUUUAGUCCCGUGUGGUAUGAUGAAAAAUUGUGACUGAAUUUGCCAGAAACAAGAUGUAGAAAUUGAUUCCAUACAAAUGUACGUUUUUUAAUGUGCUGCCUAACUACCCUCUUCCCCAUUCCCAGUGCAUAUAAUAUAAUAUAAUAUAAUAUAAUAUAAUAUAAUAUAAUAUAAUACAAUGCAAAACUAUAUGGCUGAGGUGGCCCUCCAGAUGUUGUUGGACUACAACUCUCAUCAUUGCUGAUCAUUGUCCCUACUAGAUGGCACUGAUGGGAGUAAGGCUGUGUUCACGUUAGUGACUUGAAUCGUUGUGAGGUUGUAACCCUUCCCCGGCAUUUCCAAGUUGCUUUCUCAUGCCGCUGUUCACAUCAAGGCAGGGAUAGGAAUGUUUUUGCCCAGUUGUUUCUUUCCUAAAGUUGGUGCAGCUUCCAUCUGUGCAUGCACCCCCAUCUAUGCAUGCAAAGAUGAACGGUUCACACUGCAACAGAAUGGCAGUGCCUUUGAAUCACAUGGAAGGCAGUUGGCCUCAAAUGAAACCAAAGAAUAUAUGCUGCUAGUGCCAGCCCUUCAUUUUGGUGCUUAUGGUCCUACACACACACACACACAGAGAGAGAGAGAGAGAGAGAGAGAGAGAGAGAGAGAGAGAGAUUUCAUAAUAUAUUUUGGGCCCUCAUUGAAAGCCAUGAUGGUCAUCCUGUUUUCUUUUCCUGUUGAACAGCUCCUUUAUCUUUCCAAUAAAGGAUUCCUGCUCUGUGAAUAUACCUUUUGAAGAACUACUUUGAAAGAAUUGUUUUGGCACUCCAAUGAAACUGUCUGUGUCACUAAUAGCAUUUUGAAAAGAAAGGCCAUUCUUGUUUUCAUUCUGUUAACUGCCCUUAUGUGCUCACAAUUAAGGUAUAACCUUUUGGAAAAAGACAUGAAACCAGUAAAUUCAGACUGGCUGUAAGAAAAGUGAUAAAAUAGCAAGCCAGUUGCAAGAGGUUAUGCAGAGGGUUUAAAAAAAUUUAAAAUAUCUUACCAGUUUCUAAAUCACACUCUGCCUUUUGAGCUUCAGAGGGAAUAGAAAUAGUAACAUUCCAAACGUAUUAGGGCAAUACCAUUUAUUAGGCCAACCGAAAUGUCACAAAAUAGCAUGUGACCUUUUGAGUCCUCCAGAAUGCUUCAUUAAGCUAGAUGGUAAACAGAGCAAGGGGGAAGGAAACAAGUUGGCUGAGGGUGAAGCCAUGGAGCCCGAAUCUGGUCACAAGAUGGCAAGUGGGAGGAACUAGCAGAUUCUCACUCAUACAUGCAUAUGUACAAAAUUUUAUUUGUAUGCCGCCUUCCCAUAGUUCAAACCAUUCUCAAGGCGGCUUACAACAUGAAAAAAUACGUAUCUGCAAGACUGGAGCGAAUGAAGAACAUGGGCUAUUUUCAGUGUGGACUAACAUUCAGUUAGGCAGUAGUCAAUGUUUUCUUCUCUAGGCAAAAAGGCAAGGCUGUCUGCCUGCCUCUCUAUUUAUGUACUCCACAAGUAUUCAAAUCCCCACAUGCUGAAAUGUUGACAUGAUUGACAGUGUACAAGCCCAGCACUGUUCAAAUCCUGACACCUUAAACAGCUCCAUUUGCAAGCUUAACAAUAUGUUGCUGAUCACUGCUGUAGGGAAAAGAAAUAUUUCUUAGAAAGAUGAGUUAGUUGCUACUAGUUGAAAAUGAGUCCCAGAUCAUAUGUUUAAAAAUCCACCCCACAAAAUAGACCCACACAGGAGAAGUAAUAUAUGAACUGGGGCUUCUCUGCUAACACCAGAAGCCUCUUUGAACUUGAUUCCUUUCAGAAAAGUACAGUGGUACCUCGCGUUAAGAACUUAAUUUGUUCUGGAGGUCCGUUCUUAACCUGGAACUGUUCUUAACCUGAGGUACCACUAGCUACUGGGGCCUCCCGCUGCCUCCGCCGCGCAAUUUCUGUUCUCAUCCUGAAGCAAAGUUCUUAACCUGAGGUACUAUUUCUGGGUUAGCGGAGUCUAUAACCUGAAGUGUCUGUAACCUGAAGUGUCUCUAACCCGAUGUACCACUGUAUCUGGCUACCACGUUGUAUGGGUUAAUUUGGUGUUUCCCAAACAUUAGCUCCAGCCGCAUGGCAACCUUAUUUUGAAAUAAACGAAAAUUUCAAAAGCGGUUUGUGACAAUGCAAAGAAAGAAGUCAGUUCAAAGUAAGAGGGUAGGAUAUAGAUGGGAGUGUCCAAUUGCUUUGGAUACCAGAAGCUCUUUGGGACCCAGUCAGAAACCAAGUUUGGAGAAUUAUAACUCGAUUCAAUAAGGGCAUAAAGCUGCUCUGCUUCUCCCUUUGCAGUGCAAGCAAACAAGACAUGAUGUAUUCAGCUAUCCAUCGUUUCCCAGUUUGCUUGAGAUGGAAAACUAUGGUUAAUUGCAGGCUUCUGUAACACACAAAGGGAGGACAGAAGGGGCUGCUUGUGUGGGGGAAAGGUGCAUUCAUUUCUCAUUUCACUGAGCCAGGAUUUGAUUUUCUAAACUCUCCCAGAGUCUUCUGAGAAGUGGAAUAUUUAAAAAAGCACAAUGCUUCUGGAUCGCCAGCCUUACACAUUUUAAGAUUAGGGGCUGUGGACCUUAGCAUGGAUCAGGGCCCCUGUUCCUUAAAGCAGUUGUGUGUUUACAUGUCCUAAGACAUUUUCCCCUGAAAAGGUACUUUUUCAGAAAGGGAAACCUAGGAAGCUGAGGCCUCUAGAUACACGAACCCUUCUAGUUAUACAAACAACAGAGUAAAAUUCAGAGUGACCAUCAAUCCUAAGCAAUUAGUCAUAGAGUUUGUCAUUUGUGCUGCAUUUCAUCUGAGACAUUCAAGCUGCUGUAAUUUCAUUUGUGGCUUUAUAUUGCAUUUAACCAGCAGUCUGAGCUGAGACACAAAAGUUAUUGUUUUAUCUACUAAACUGCCUCGCUCCAUAUCUAUUCUUUAUUAUUGGCAUUGUGUUCAGUGUGCAUGUAAUGCUGUCUCUGCUUAUAUUGCUUUAGCUCCUCUGUUUGAAACGGAAUGCAGCUACGUGAAAGCUACACUUGAAGAGUUUCUGGCCUGGAGUGGGAAACAGCCAUCGCGCUCCUGUGGACCAUUCAGUGGUUAUGAGUUGUGUAAAUACUGGACUUACGCUGACUAUAAGUAUAUUGCUAGGCUAUUUGAAGACAAGCCAGAAAAUUUCCAGGUGCGUUAUUAACCUCUUCUUGUCCUUUUCAUGUUGAAACUAUACAGAAACACCUAGGGAAUCUUCUGGUUCUUACACAGCCAGUAACUAGUGUAGCAUACUGUAAUUUUUAUUUCAUUUAUCAUGUUUUUAGCCAGCUUUUCCUUCAAGGAGCUCAAGAUAGUGUAGGUAAAGGUAAAGGACCCCUGGAUGGUUACGUCCAGUCAAAGACGACUACGAGGUUGCAGUGCUCAUCUCACUUUCAGGCUGAGGGAGCUGGCAUUUGUCCACAGAUAGCUUUCUGGGUCAUGUGGCCAGCAUGACUAAACCACUUCAGACGCAACGGAACACCAUGAUGGAAACACCAUUUACCUUCCCGCUGCAGCAGUACCUAUUUAUCUACUUGCACUGGUGUGCUUUCAAACUGCUAGGUUGGCAGGAGCUGGGACACCCCAUCACAGGGAUUCCAACCCCCAACCUUCUGAUCGGCAAGCCCAAGAGGCUCAGUGGUUUAGAGAACAGCGCCACUUGUGUGCUUUUCCUUCAAAGAGCUCAAGAUAGUGUAUAUUGUUGUUACUGCUCAGCCUUCAUUUGGCCCCUGUGAAGAUUUUGCUAGGAGGUAAUCACGAGGCCAAAAUCUCCAAGUAAGCAUCAUUAUUAAGUGGGAAUUUGAAUCUGGUUCUUUCUGGUCUAAGUAUGACACUCCAACCCCUACACCACGCUUGCUGUGAACUGGGAAGUCUGUGUUUCAAAUCUCACCACCAUGACCUCACUAGAUGGCCUCCAAGCUGCUAUUUUUCUCAUGUUUAAUCUCCCUCAGCAGCAAAUAAGGAUAAUAUUGCUUGACCUGCCUUAUAGGGUUGCUGUAAAAUUGUAUGUGAAGCUCUUUGAAAGGUCAAAAACACAGUAUAAAGGCUAAGUAUCAUUAGAGCUUAUGGAGAGAUGAAGUAUCAAGGUGUUUUUUUAAAAUAAUAAUAAUAAUAAUAAUAAUAAAGAAAUAUAGUUACAGAUUUGCCUGACCAAAUAGUCAGGAUUGGGGUGCCAUUGACUUGUUUGUAUAACUAUGUGUUUUUGGUCUUCGUUACACUGUAUGCAUAAGUAAGAGUUUGAUGUGGGGGUAGGGAAUAUUCACAAAUAUACAUAUAGGUGCGCUUAGGGUUGUAUCCAGCAUUGCAGUUCUGCUCACACCACAGACUUCUCCUUGUGCAAUGGAACUUUCCUCUCCUCCCUCCUGCAACCCCCCGCACAAAAAAGUCUGUGGUGGAACAGAAACCUCAAUGUGCCCAGGGAUAUUGGACUGAAUUCUGUUUAUGGGUGCCUGUUGCCUCUUCCUGGUUUAAGCAAUCAUGCAUUCUUUUGAAGGCUUGAAUAGGCCUAUGAUGAGGCCAAAAGCUCAUUCAGUCAUGGCAUGAAGCCCCAUUUAAAAGUCCAGACCAGAUACCAAGAAAGACUUCUUAGCCAUGGAUGGGUUUUCUUAUAAGUUCCCAUCUGUAUCUGCUGUUUAUUUUAGGUUUUAUUUAGAUAGUUUUCUAAGGUGAUUUGAAGGGUACGAGAAGGCCAUCUACCCUUUUUUUAUUUAUAGUGAUUAAUAGGGCCAUUUAGAAGUUGUUUGAAAUUUAGAUUGUGCUGUUUAUCAUUUACAGUUGUGUGACUUAAGGUAAUGAUUCCAUUAUUUUAAUGUAUGAGCGGUAUCUCACAUCAUCCAGGAUUUUUUUUGUUCACUUGAUAUUACAUUAUAGAAUUUUGAGAUAUAAAUCAUAGGCAAGAUAUAUACAUGAAGCUUAAAUAGAAAUAAGUCCUCUUAAAGUGACAUAUGGGUAUAUUAGCUCUAUUGUAAGCAGCAAGCAAAAUAAAUGUAAUUCAGAAGGUAAUGUGCCAUCUGUUAUGGUUGGGAUACUUAUAAAAUGCAUUUCUUUUAGCUGUGGAUCUUUUUACUGUAAAAGAAAGAGCAGCCCAUUGUGCCAAGAUUUCAGUACUUAGCAAUUUCUUUUCAGUUCAUUGGAUAAAAACUAUUUUUCCCAUAAUCAUGUCAGGUAUUUACUGAGACUGCGGCAUUUUUUAAAAAAAGAACCCUCUUUUAAAAAUCUAAUAUUGAUUAAGCUCGCUCUCUUUCUUCUUAAGUUGUGGCAGAAUUCAGAAAGUAUUUAGGUGUGAGAUUAAAGUAUAGGAAUGGUUAUUACCCUUAACUUUAUCACUGAAAUACUUGUAUUGGAUUUUAAAUUUUAUGACUGUGGAAAGCUUAGAGCACCACUUUUUCCUUUGCGGCUUCUUGAAGCUUCUGACAAAUGUUUGUAUUAGGCUUUAGUAUUUCUUUCUGUAAAUCAAGUAACCCCCUACUGUUCUUUCAUUCAUCUGGAACCUUAUCAUUCACCUUGACGAUUCCCAAGGAUUGAAUCUCAGAAAAAGAUGUGCUAUCUUCUAGGGAGUUAGGAUUUACUGAAUGUUUCUAGUAUGCAAAAGCUUGGACUACUAUUCAUUUAUUUCAAGAUUUCUAAGCCACCUUUCAAAAUGUAACAUUUCCCCAGAAUGGCAUAUGGUCACCAAAUUUUGAAAUUGCAUCUGUGUUCAACAACCGUGGUGAGGCACUAGAUCUGGCCAGUAGGACACAUCCUUACUUCACCUACCUCACACUGGCUAACUUUGACAGGCGAGCAGGACCUAGUGCAACCAAUCCCCUUGGAGCUCUCUGACAGUGGCGAUCAGCUGUCAAUAAGCCCUGCUUGCCAAGAAACAAUCAGGAGUGCACUUGAAGCUCCCAGUCUUACCACGUCUUUGCUUGGCUCAUGCCUGAUGCCACACAUCGUGUUGUUUGCCUCAUGGGCCGAAUUAGCCCACAACUCAGAGGUUACUCACUUCUCAUCUAACAUAUUAAAAAUAAGAGAACAGCACACACAAAAAUUGACCAGCCAUCCCACUAAGGCCAUCUUACAAAAUAGUUUGACGAAAGAGUCAUAGUUGUUUAAACUAACCCAAGCUCUUUAACUAACGGUAGAUCAAAAUUGUUUAGGCCUACCUAAAGGAAAGCAGGAAAAGAGCCAGAUCUAUCUCUUGGGGAAGUGAGUUCUACAAACAUGAAGCCAGAAUCAGAAUUAAAAAUGUCCUUAACAGAUUGGAGGACUGGGCUAAAACUAACAAAAUGAAUUUCAGUAGGGGCAAAUGUAAGGCUCUACACAUGUUGGACUAGAUGACCCAUGGAUUCCCUUUCAGCUCUACAAUUCUAUGAGUCUAUGAAUGAAAAGACCUUGUCUCUUCUGAUUGCCAAUCUAACUGGCUGGUAGGACUGCAGUCAGGUUCUCUGCAGUCAAUCUUAGUUCAUAUAAAUAAUGUGCUCCCAAACCAUUUAGGACCAAGAAAGCUGGAGAACUCUGUUAUGUAGAGCAGAGAUCUACAAUACUGGUGUUUCUCCAGACUGUGGCCUAGAGGCCAGAAGUGUUUCCUGCUGCACAAUGUAAUAAAGUUGGUGCUAUUUGGUAGUGAUGUUUUCCAGAAUGCACAUAUAUAUUACAUACAAAAUCCAAGACAAAGGUAUAAUGCUUGUGUUUCCAUGCCAUGGUAAGAUAUAAACCAUGGCUUAUAAUGAAUAAGCAGCAUGCUAGGACCCCUGGAUGGAUAUGCUACUUGCAACUAUAUGAAGGAAGGUCUAUAGCUUAGCAGUAGAACCCAUCUUUUACAUGCAGAAGGAUCCGGGUUCAGUCACUUGCAUCUCCUGUUACAAGAUCUUAGAUAAUACCAUAGGAGAGAGCUGUAUCUGAGGCCCUGGAGAGCAAUCGCCAGCUGAAGAAAACAGCAUGGAAAUAAGUGGACCCCUGGCUUUGACUUGGCACAAUGAGGUUUCAUAUUUACAUAGUUGAGAAGGGUUAUCAUUUUUAUUCUGUUCUUUAGAUAUAUACCACUGACUUGACUAUCUUGCUGAACAAAUUGGUAAUUGAUCAGCUGUCUUUUUGGACAAAUUGUAGCCAUUGUUUUAGGUGAUUUGGCAUUGAAUCAACUGUCCAUUAGAUUAAUUAUACCAGCCAGGGUAGCAUAGAGAGUGGCAAAAAGUGUCCAGGUAUGCAAAAAUUAUUAGAUAUGUAGAUCAAGCACACAAACACCUCUUAAAUAAAUCUGGAGUAUGGCAAGAGCUGACACCUCAAGCAUUUUCCUUUCACAUAGUUUCACAUAAGAUUAGUUUGGAUAGCUUAGAAUUGUAUUUUUUUUCCAGUUUAACAGAUUUUACAAAGUAAAUAUUAUGCAUUUGGUACAUAAAAUGAUAAAGGAUCUGAGCAGAACUGUUUUUACUUUUCAUGGACAAUUAAUUUGCACCCUUCUUUUUUGGUUAGAGCACCAAAUGUAAAUUCUCCCCAGUAAGUUCAAUUAAAGGCUGCUUAAAUAAUGAAAUGAGCCUCAUUUCUGUACAUCAGCAACCAAAAUGCCAUGAGUUGCCUUUAAACCUUCAUGGCAUGUUGAUUCCAUUGUUUGUUUUGAAGGAGUCCAAAUUUUAGGUAUAUUGUUCUCUGCAUAACUAAAUGACUGCCCUCUGUGACAUGAAUACUACAUUCAUCAUUUGAGGCACUUCUCUGGGUCUCCUACCACCUGAGGUUAGGGGGGUGGUGACUGGAAAGAGGGUCUCUUCCAACUUUCCCCAACCUGGUGCAUUCCAUCUGCCCUAGCUAACGUGACCAAUAAUCAAGGAUAAUGGGAGUUGUAGUCCAAAGAUAGGUGGGUGGGGCCUGCACAUUUUUUGCUUUGGGCCCCACCCUGCUGCUGGCAUGCAGCCCCCAAUGUAGUGACAAAUUUGCCCCCCUCCAAUACCUGGGAUAAGAGAUUGGAGCUCUACCAAUUAAGAAUGAAUAGUAUCUAAAAUUGAAUGGCUACUAUCCAUUGUGGCUAUCCUGUGCCUCCACAGUUGGAGGCAGCAAUGCUUCUAAAUACUAGUUGCUGGAAACUGCAGAAGGGGAGAGUGCUCUUGUGUUUAAAUCCCGCUUGUUGGUUUCCCACAGACAUCUGAUUGGCCAUUGUGAGAACAAGAUGUUGGACUAGCUAGGCCAUUGGCCUGAUCCAGCAAGCUCUUCUUAUGUUCUAGAAAUCAUACAGAUUCACCAAACUGUGGUGACACUGUGAUUACGAAUUUCCUUUCUUUCCCCCCGAGGUUAGUUAAUUGCACAUAGGGAAUUAUUUGUUUCCUCAGACAAAGAGUGUUAUUGGAAUAGUGAGAUAAAACUUAAUGCCAGUUAGGUUGGCCAGACGUUGGUGCAGUGGUAGCAGAUGGAAACAGCCAAUCCGUUCAUUUGAUUGAUAGAUUAAACGUACCAGUAUAUCCUGUUCCUUCCAAAGAAUAUGUGGUAAACAUUAUCCUCGCCACAGGACAGGAUGUCAGAGAGAGUCCAUACUUGUGAACAGUUACCUGGGAUGAUGCCUCUUUUUCUUGGAUAGCAUAGUCAUCUGUAUUCUUUUCUCAAGUACUGAGAAUUUUACAGCACAUCGGGUACAAAAAAUGAUGAUUAAAUGGUUGCCUGUAACUCCCUAGCCAGUACUUACAUUGAGGAAACCUGCCACUUGGUGAAUGGCCCUCUGAACCCACCACUUGAUAGGCCACAAAGAAUGUUUUGACUGGCGUGAAGUGUACAUAUCUAGAUUUAAAAGCUGUUUCCCUAAACAAGGUUCCCUUAGCUCUGUUAGCUCAAAGGUAAGCUCUAUUGAGCAUAAUUUUUCAGUUCUGAUUCAUUUCAGUGAAUCUCUCUAAUGGCACAUACACCCUAUGGCAAUCUAAUCGGGGGUGGGGGUGGGGAGGAGAGUAGAUAGAGCUUUCUGAAGAUGCCAUACCCACAAAGGAUGAGAAAAAAAUCCCAAGAGGUGGCGGGUGCUUAGUAACACAACAUAUAUUCAAAACAUGAUUGCCUUACCUGAAGUGUAUCCUUGCAACAGGACAUAAGAUGGUCCGACUUUGGAUUUCCUGAAAGAAAUGGAAGAGAGAGUACUCUGUGGAUUGGCUCAGCAAGAGCUAACACUCCUUGUCAUUUGGACUCCUAUGGGUGCAACUUAGUGCUACAAGUGCAAGGAAGGUAACAUUAACUAUACAUUGCCAUCUGUGCAACCAAAUGUGAUUGAUUCCUGAUGAUGAUUCCUUCUUUUUGAACGUUUAGUUGAUGUUUUAAUUUUCUCAGGCUUUUUGUGAUCGGGAGAGCCCCGGGCUCAUUAUUAAGAAAUAGUAAUGUUCUCAAAUGAGAAAAUCAAUAUGAAUUUCUCUUGAUAUUAUUUGUAUGAAAUAUCUCGUUAAUCUUGGAGUAAAGAGCUAUGUCGAGUGUAUAUACUUCUCCUGCUGGCACACCAAUACAGAGGUGCUGCUUUUCGGCGCAUACCUGACUCAUGGAAUUAUACCAGUGCAUUCUAAAGUUCUUUCUUUAUAGCUGAGUCAUGCCCAGUUGAAUAAUUUUAGACUUGGUGCUUACUGGUCUUAUGGGAAGGGGGGAGGUUCUUUUGAUGGUAAUAGGUAUUAUAUCUUAAGCGCUGCCAGAAGAGACGGAGCCACCUGGGUGUUAUGGGGCAAACUGUUUCAUAAGUUGGGUGCAGCCAUGGAGAAGACCCUAUCUCUUGUCACAGCCAACUUUGCUUCCAGCAUAGGCAGGACACCAGAACUUAGGCAGGAGAUAGUUUGGUACAAGGAAGCUCAGUCUGUUAUGUAGCCAGAUCAGAGAAAGAGAGGCUGCAUUUUCACUAAUGGUCAUAGCUGAUUCAUACUAGAUGGCCUCUACACAACCAGAAGGCGUAUGGGAGGCCCAAACAGUUUAGCAUUUUCCUUAUAAGAAAGGUGCUCCAAAUUCCUGCUUAUUUUGUGCAUCCUUUCCUAAACAUUUUCCAGUUCUAUGCUGCCCUUUAAUGAGAUGGGGAAACUGUAACGGGACAUAGUACUUCAUGUGUGGCUGCAACAUGGAUUUCUAUAUCAUCUGUGUGUUGCACAUCACUUGCCAUUUUAUUGCCCAUUCACCCUGUCCAGUGAAAUCCUUUUGGGGCUCUUCACAUUUUUUUGCAUUUCGCCAUCCUCUGGCCACCUUCUGAAUAAGAUGACUGCUCCACCUCUUUUCUUGUUCUUCCCUUCUCCUUUACAACAUCUUACCUGGGAGGAUGCAAGUCCAAAACUAUACCUUACACACAAAAUAACAGAAAGAAUUGCUAGAGAAGAAAAUGGUACAGAAGCUGGAGGGUAUGACAGUGAAGUGAUGGUUGUCGCAGGAGGAAGAAAAGGGAGACAGCCAUGAUCUGAAAGCCAGGCAGUGCCAAUUGCUUUAAUUGUGCUCAUCAGAUUGCCUUUUGCUUUUCCUGUCUAUGGUGUCAAUAAACAUGUGAGAGCAUCCCUCUUUUGUUGAUUAUGUGGCUCUUCUUAAAUUCCAUAAAUUUGCUGCAUGGGCUAUUAUUUUAAUUACUUUUCCUUUUACUAUUUCCAUCACUUAGACUUUUCUCCUUAUAAAACUUUUUUAUGUGCUCAUUUGCUCUGCCUUGUGAAUUGACAAUUCAGCAUUAUGGAUAAACACACAGAGACACUUUUUUUUAAAAAAAUAGCUUAAUAACAGGAUUGCAGGCCUGUUCCCCAAGAUCUCUGAAAUCAACUUGGAUGUUUCACUAACCCUACAAUCCUAUCCAUGCUUACCUGAAUCAAAGCCUCAUUAAAUAACGAGAAAUGUACUUAGAAGUUAACAUGCAUCGGAACCACAGGAAGCUGCCUUAUACUGUAGUCCAGUAAUAUCUACUUUGACUCUCUCCAGGGUUUCAUGCAAACAUGCCUUUCACAACUUCUGAAGCUCUUGACUUUAAAUGUUCAGGAUUGACCCUGGGACCUUCUGCAUGGAAGGCAUUUGUUCUAUCAGUGAACUAUGGCCACUUCCCCCAAUUGCUAGGAUUGGGUUGAACAUGAAAGUAAAUUAGACAGCAGGCUCCCUACAGAAAAAUCUUGCUUUAUGAUGUUAGGUUCUUCAGAGAGAGAAGCAUGCACUUGCUAGGAUUUUCGUAUUGUGCUACACUCCCAUACCCCCAAGGGCAGAUCCAGGAAAUUCAAGCAAUGGGGGUCUAUGCACCACCCUGGCAUUUUAUGAGAGUUAGGUGUCUAAAUAGACAGAUUGCUUUCCUUGGACUAAAGUAUGGCGAGCAUAAAAGACAACUGAGAGAGGAGGAAUAACCAAGAUGCAUGCCAGAAUAUAAACACUGGAUAUGCUGUAUGUCUUAAAUAUAUUGAAAUAUGGCACCCAAACUACUGGAAAUAUGUAAACUGGAAAUCUUCCACAGUGGCGCACCUUUUGGUUUGUUUAGAAAAAUUAAGAUCCUGAGUAGAGUUAACACAAACUGCAGUAUCAAGUUCAAUACAGAGUUGGUUUCUCAGAAGUAAAGGCAGAAGUGAGUCACUGAAGUUUGUCGUACAUGUUGUCUCCCUUCAUAGCUGUAUCCAGGGAAAUGUAGUCCUGACUCAUAAAUGUGUUGUUGUUUUUAAAGUGAUGCUCCCCGCCUCCUUAAAAUGGUGCGUGACCAUUUAGUGCAUUAUGCUACUUAAUAAGUGCCUGUUUUCCAGCUUCUCACAAGUCUUAAAUAGGAUGCUCAUUUGUGGUAUUGAUAGACUUGUUUGUUUGCAGUUGCUCAGCCUAAAUGGGAGACUGUGACUUGCAUCAUCUCUGCUUCCAGGAAAAGAUGGCAUCUCUACCCACCUGAAGACUCCAGUUUCCUUUAUCCUACCAGAAUUCCCUAUGAAGAAUCCAGCGUCUUCAGCAGGGUCAAUGUGGUUAAUCCUGAUUUGAAAAGCUGCCCACAGUUUAAGAAAACAAAGGCCCAUGUGGUUACACUUGAACCUGGCCAGGUAAUUCCUGAACUCUAACUUUACUCUAGUUUGGAACCUUUGUUAAAUAUGAAAUAGAGAGGGGGGUUGGGCGGGAGUAAACAAAGAAAUAAACAAAGCUGGGAGGAGGACCAUGAGGUCUGUCUUCUCCCAGUCUCACUAAAACGUUUUGCAUUGGAUGAAGCGUUUGCUGCUGCUGGCAGAUGUAUCCACUGGGCAGAGACUGUUCCUGCUGGUGGAAAGAGAGGCGAGGCAACUUACAGCAAUGUCCCUUUCCGUCUGUAGUCCUCAGUGGCACCUCCCAUGUUAUUUCAAAGGAUUCCCCAAGCCAAAGCAAUUUUCCAGGGUCUAUAGGAGACUGCGGGGGCGGGGGGGUUUAAAAUAAAAAAAUAAUUUUCUCCUGUUCCACCAUUGGGAUUCCUCAAGCUGAAUCUGAAGCCUUUUGGGGAUUGGAGAAGCCUUUUCGUUCACAGGAGGCAAAGUCUUCUGGAUCUAACCUUGUUUGUUUAAUGCCAUUCUCUAGCAAGUGAAACCUUCCUGGCUCAUGUUCUUUCACUUGUCUUGCAACUGGACCAUCUAGAAAAAGGCAUCAUGCUUCACAGACAUUUUACCCAUUAGUUUCUCUGAAUCCUGUACUUAACAGGCUUCUGGGGCUGCUCUGAAACCAUCUCAUCUCUGCAACUCACAAGUUUUACAAUGUAUUCUUAAUGAAUAAGUGUGCAGAGCCAGCAAAGAGCUUUUACUUACGCUUUCGUGGUGAUGGAUAACUUCCAUAAUGGAAACACUUGCCCAGCAGCUACAUCACUUGUAUUUACAGCACGCAUUAGUAUUUCAGUAGAGAAUCUCAAAGUACUCUUAACAAGGUCAUGUGAAAGUUGAUUAAUCAUAUUUUACUGAGGAAAGGAGACCACAGUAUCUGAAAAGCAGCCCUGUGAAGGAUAUCUCAAUGUGUCAGGCCAUCAGUACUUAAGGGUCACUAGAAUGCUCCUUCCAGAUGAAUUUCUCUAUAGUAGAUGUAAUCACGUCUUUGCCUAACAUGUAACUUACUGUACAAAAUGGGCUGGUUUUCUCCGAUUCAGAUACCCGCUUGCUGGAAGUAAGUGCCGGUGAACUCAGUGAGACUCACUUUUUUUGGGGGGGGGGAUAAUAUUUAUUACUUUUAUAGAUUACAAAAAGAGAGGGGAAAAAGCAAAAGAGAAAAAACAGAAGAAAAAACAAAGAAAAAAACAAAGAGAGAGAAAAAAACACAAUACAAUACAAUAUAUAAACAAUACAAAACACAACCUAAACUCAAAACUAGACACAUUAAGCUAAACUAAACAAACCCCACUCCCCAAAACAAAAACAAUUUAAAAACAUACAUCCUCUCUUUUCCAUACUCUAUCUUUCGUUCCCUUGUUUCCUCGACCUCCUCACACCUCCCUUUUCGUGUUCCGCUUCUAUUAAUUGUUUCAGCAAAUCCUUUCCAUCUUUCUCCAUUUUCUGUAAUAUUGUAAAUAAUGUAUUAUUUUAACCUUAUUUUCCAUUAAAACUAAAUUACUUAUAUGUGCUUAACUCCUUAUAACAUUUCUGUUAAGCCCAUAAAAAAUAAAAAAUCAUUCCACCAUUUUUCUAUCACUCAUUAGUUUUACCAUAAGUCUAUAUAAAAACUUUAAAUUUUCCAAUCUUCUUCCACCAUCUCCUCUCCCAGGUUUCGGAUUCUGCCAGUCCUUUCCAUCAAUUCCAUAAAGUCCAUCAACCUGGUGAUCUUAUGUCCGAGGCUCUUAACUCUUUUCCAAGUCCCUUCUGCAGGUCUUCUUCAUUUUCUUUAAUGCUAAAGAGCCAAUCUCGGGGAAAUUCAACUCAAUCCUUUUCUUCCUUCUGAACAAAUCAGCUGAGUUUCCAUAGUUAAAACUACAGUCCAUAAAGUAUUUCUGGGUAUAUUUCAAAAUUCCUCCAAUUCCAAAGGCCCCCAAAACUUCAAUCUCCUCCAGGCCCGAGUCCAUGUCCCAAAAGUCAGUUAAUCCCUGCAUAGAGGGCUCUUUCCAACUUUCCUUCUUUAAUCCAAACCGGGAUCCAUUCCUCGGAGUCUGGCUUUUCCUGGAUUCAAUCAUAGAAGGCCUCAAUUUAUAAUCUCCAAUUUGUUUCUGUAAAUCCACAGAUCUCACUUGUAUUAUUUUAUGUUGAACAACAGCUGCAUUCUCCUUCUCCUCCUUCUCCUCCACCAUUUGUCCUGCCAAAAUGGGUUCCUGUACCAAGUCAUGAAUUAUUUCUGUGUUAGUGUUCGCUUUUUGACUCAAGUUGGUCACUUUCUGUUCCAAAUUAUCAACUUUGAGAGUCAUAUCAUCCAUCUUCUUGUGAAGCUGUCCCAGCGAACAGCUUAUCUUACAUAAAACAGUCACAAUGGCCUCUCCUAUCAACAUUUUUAAAUAGUCCAAGGUCGCUCUCUGGUUCCCAAACUCCUUUUCUGCAGCUGGAAAUUCCCCAGUUACAGUCCUGUUACAGUUUCAAAAGCUCCCUCUAGAGGGAAACAGUCUCCACUUGUAUCAGUUCUUUCAAGCACGAUUUCAAACAUUAAAGAUAAAAUUUCAGUUACUUUUCCUCUUUUUUUAAACGCAGAAAGGGACAAUGGAAACAGUAUCUUACUCUUGUUUAGCUAGCUGUCAAAUCCGUUCUGUCAAAAGCACUCUCUCCAAACGUCAUCUGGCAGCCCAUUCCCAGGUUCAGAGCAGUGGUAAUUUGAUUUUUUCACUCUCUCCUGCAGGCUCACUAGAUCCAAAAUUUCCCCCUCUUCUCCUGCUUCCUAAGGGGGUUUUGUAACUUUAAACCGGUGGGAAUUUGAUCCUUUGCCAAAAGCUUUCAAAGGCUUUACUUGUAACGUCUUUGCUUCAGUCUAUUUACAAAAACGGGAGGCGGACUUCCUGUUUAUAACCUUCCCGUUUCAGUGCCAAAUUGAAGUAUUUAAAAAUCCAAUUUUCCGUUUUACUCACGAGUAGUUGUUUAAAAUCCAAUUGUCCACAGGAAAAGUCAGCGCUCUCUGGCAACAGCAAUGCGGCUUCACUCCGUGAAAGAAGCAGUCGAUUCAAAGCACCGCGCCACUCACCCCACGUCGCUCCGGAUCCCCAAAACAGGGUUUCCCCGCGAGUAGGGGAGGCGCAAAGGUGCCAGCCGAAUCCCACGUCCACAGGCUUCUCCCGCCUCGCCGUGGCAGUUCAGACCCUGUUUUUCACGGAGCAGGUUCCUCCCGAUCGGAGGAAAUCCGCCAUUGCCAGAGGCGCCAACCCGGAAGUCCCACUUUAUUUUUUAAGUCUUUAAGGGAAUGCAGCACAUUGAUGGAUUUGAUGGAAUCUCAGCAUCCUGUAUUGUGUAUCUUACAAGACAGGGAGGGUCCCUGGUGCCCCAAAACUCACAGAGAUAGUUUUGGAUAGACUUAUCUAUGGGUUAAACCACAGGUUGGCUGUUCAAAUCCCUGCGAUGGGGUGAGCUCCCAUUGCCCAGUCCCUGCUCCUGCCAACCUAGCAGUUGGAAAACAUGAAGUGCAAGUAAAUAGGUACUGCUCCAGCGGGAAGGUAAACGGCGUUUCCAUGCGCUGCUCUGGUUCGCCAGAAGCGGCUUAGUCGUGCUGACCACAUGACCCGGAAGCUGUACACCGGCUCCUUCGGCCAAUAAAGCGAGAUGAGAGCCACAACCCCAGAGUCGUCUGCAACUGGACCUAAUGGUCAGGGGUCCCUUUACCUUUUACCACCCUUUUAUUUGUGGUCCUAAAGAUUGAAGCAGGAUGAUAACCUGUUAAGGCUGUAAGGCUAACGUUCUCCAAUUCUCUUUGUGAUUUUUUUCUUUUAAUGAGUUGUUUUAUUAAAUUUAUAUUCUAUGGGCGGAUUCAACUACUCCAUUCCACUGGCAAAAUUCAGCACAAGGACUCCUGCUGGCACAACAGGGCUUUUCUCCUCUUCUCCCUCAUGUGCCCCCCACCCCGUGCCUCCCCCAAAUCCACUCUGGAGUGUUGUUAGAACCCUGAGCACAAUGCGAGGGGGGGGCGGGAAGGUGAGAGAUCAUUCCUUUGGGCAAGCAGGAAUGCUCAGGCUGAUGGCAUCAUCUCCUUAGCAUUGCAUUGAAUUCCACCCUGUGUCUGUCAAUUUAACUGCAUUUUAAAGUCACUGUGAAAUCUGCAAAAAAUAAGUUCUUUUUAAAAUGUAUUUAUAUUUCACCAUUUGUGGUGGCCUAAAACGCGCACACACACACACACACACACACACACACACAUAUCCCAUACAAAAUAUCAGUAUGCUAAUAACAAUAAGAAUAGCAACAGCAAAACAUUUCAGUUCUUUGAAUCAAAUUUCAUCACCUGCCCAUCCCCCACAAAAUAGAGGCCCCUUUCCCCCUACACACACUCACAAAAAAGAAUAAAGUGUUUUCAAUGCCCACUGGAACAUCUGAAGUUUUAGAAGUGGGCAUGUAUAGCAUUGUGCUGUUAUGGCACUUUCAAAGCUAUUUUCAGUGUGUUCCGUUGUAUAGCAAAUUAACAUUUUAUACUGCAUAAUAAAUGUAUUCCCAGUGCCCCAAAUUAAAUGAUUUUACUUCACAGUUUUUUCUCUCCUGCAGCAGAGUAAUGAUCUUUGCUCAUCAUUUUUGUUGAUGUUUUCAAUAGAUGGUGUUUUUUGUUGUUGUUUUUUAAAUUGCCAACAGUGGGGCAUUGCCUUGUUUUCAGGUUAAAGAAUUCAAUGUAGGCAUUCUGUUUCAGUGAUUAGGAAUGGUAAUGAAGCAGUAGUGUCACUGUUUUUAAUUAAGCUUCAACUAAUUAGAAGUCAAAUCUUGUUAAAAAUAGAAGGUUUAAAGGCCAGCUGCUUGUUCCAGUGCUCUGAGGUGCUACUUUGCAAAAGACAUGCUAGUAUAGCUUCUUUUUUUAAAAAAUCUCUGGCAGCCACUGAGUGGACAGAGACUUGAAGCCCAGAAGACACAUGGCAAUGCCAGCCUAGGUUUCUACUUCAGAAUGCAAGUGAGGACAUAGAACCAUAAGACCACAAUACCCCAAGGACCGCCUCUCCCCAUAUGAACUGACCCAGCCCCUGCAGUCAUCAUCUGCAGCUCUUCCUCAUGUGCCCCCUCCAUGGGAGGUCCAGAGGGUGGGAACAUGAGAGGAGUGGGCCUUUUCUGUGGUGGCUUCCCAUUUGUGGAAUGCUAUUUCCAGGGAGGCUCGCCUGGUGUCUUCGGGGCCAUCUAUUCCAGCUCCUUGCCAAUGCAGGAACCUCUCUACUACAACAUCCCUGAUAGGUGACCAUCCAUCCUCUGCUUAAAAACAUCUAACAAGGAAGAGUCCACAUCCUUCUGAGGCAGUCUAUUCCGUGGUCUGAAAUGUUCAUGCCAUCCCGAAGUUCUAAGGCUUUAUCUGAAUCAUUUGUGAGCAGCAGGCAGGGGUGAUAUUUGAAUUAAUUGGGUCAGGUUCAAAAAUAGCUUUGAACCAUCUAUAGGGCAGCCCUUCGGGUAUUUGAAGGAAUACACCUUCAGCUCCCCCUCCAGGCUAAACAUACCCAACUCCUUCAACCUUUCCUAGUAGGACUUGGUCUCCAGGUCUCCCUCAGCACCUCUGUCGCCCUCUUCUGGACACAUUCCAGAGGAAGAUUGAAUAUAAUUCCCUGCUUACGGACAGGUAGCAGAUCCGGAAGAAGGGUUCUAGCCUAGCCUUCUCCCUGCCCUGCUCAUUUUCUGUGUACAGGGACCUUAAAGAAAAUUAAUGGAGCAUGCAUUCCUGCAGCCACCACUUUUCACCUGACCUCUAAAGUGUUAAAAUCCCAGGAGGGCUGUACUAAGCGAUCCUUCCAAAUGAGCAAAGCUAAGGAAUUGUCUGCAAUGAAUGAAUGCCAAGGCCCUUUAAGGCAGGCCUGUCUCCCAGAAGAAUAAUGCCUGCUGGCUCUGCUCAGGCCUGUCUAGUAUUGGAAGGGUUUGUGAUGAAGCAAUUUGAUGAGAAUCCCUUAGAUAGCAAACGAAUUGUUCUAACCGAAUGCAAAGAUUGAGCGUGUAUUACAAAUACAAUUACUUGAGGAUUUGCAGUCAGCUUCACUUUGUGGUAAUUUACAGUAAUCUCUGUUUCUUGCUUGGCCGGGAACUGCAUGCCUUGGAUUAAGAUGUUGUAACAAUGCAGAAUUGAAAAAUAAAAUAAAGAUAAAGGUGUGUUUUGGUAUUCAGGAGAGCAGCUGUAUGCUAGCUGGAUACUGGCUUUGAAUAUUAAAAGAAACUUAAUGUGCCUAAUGCCAUCUUCUGGCCAAUGUGUCUCAUUCCACCACUCUUGGUUAUAUUAAAUACAUUCAGGAUCCCUGUUUCAAUAUAUAUUCUAAUUGCUUUUUAAUGUUACCUUGGUCUUUAACUCUUAAGCCAGGAUGAAUAGAAGUAGAUGAGCUAAAUUCAAUGCAAUUUCAUUGAUUUUAAAAGAUUUGCCUAGUCAGUUUGUAGGCUAUUUUUUUUUUUUUAGAAGCUUGAAUGUGUCCUUUGAAAUCUUAACACCCCCAAUUAAAAUGUUUGAAAUGUCACACUAUCCUUAAAACAUCUGUGUGAUCAUCAGUGAUGGCCAAGUUACUUCAGAAUUAAUUCCAUCUCGCACUUGCAAAUGAUAAUUUCAGCAUGUGGGUUUGUGAGCAUAAUUAUGUGUUCGAAAUGAGAGGUUCAUUUGUGAGUGUCUGAAGUUUGUGUGGUGCUUCCCCCCCCCCCCAAUAGCAAAUUGGCAUCAGCUACCUACCUGAAUUAAAAAGAAUACUCUGGAAAACAAAAACAAAAAAAAAUGGACAAGAGAUGUGGGUAGCUGCUGAUCAAUAAAAAACUCAUUUUCACACAUUCAUAACUCUUCUCUUUUGUGGAGCACAAUUCAUAUAAAUUGUAGGCUACCCCCCCCCCCCCAAAAAAGAGUAUUUGUUUCAUCAAGUUUGUCUUCAUAUAUGGAAAACGGAUUUGAAAUGGCAUUGAAAUAAAUUGUAAUCUUCAUCUGAUUUUCACUGAAAGAUUUAACUUCAUAUCUCUUUAGAAUCCUACCGCACAUCAGCAAAAUCAACCCUGCUCUGCCCUCUGAAUAAACAUGAAACUGCUCAUGAGUUAUUUCAUUCUGUGUGAAUGUGUUUGUUCUGCGACAAACAUUCAAGACUGACUGCUUGCCCCUCAGAAAUUGCUCUCUUGCUUUGCUAGUGAUUUUUAAUCCUCCUUGUUAGUGAUGCCUAAUUUUGGACAGAUUUUGUUUUUUGAUGGGCAAAUAUAUAUAUUGUAAUAUACACGUUCAGUACAAAAGGUGGGGACCUUUUGGUGAGACUGUCACAGCUUUUGGAACAAGACUAAUGACGUGUAUCAUGAACUUAGAAGGGACCUUCCAUAAUGUUUUUGACACUUUUUAAAAGGCCUUUAAAAUAAAACUUCCCCACAUGCAGCCCUAUUGAUAACCCUAUUCACACAGCAUAACUGGUGAAUUAACGUGUAGGAGGCGAAGAGGGGAAAGGGGAUAUGUCUUGCCCCGCAGCCUACAUUCAUUCUGUUGAAUGUUCGGCAGGGUGUACAGUUACUCUGCCUAACUGGGAGACAGGAAAAGCAGAGUCCCCUCCAUGUCUUAUGCACAUAAAGGGGCUGCAUUAUUCAGAAUGGCAGCAGGACCCCAGCUGUACCUCUGACAUUUACAUUUAGGUGGGGAGGUCUGAGCCAAGGAACCAUAUGAAUGUAGAUAUUUAAAUGAGCUGGAUCCCUGACUGCUCAGGUAAGCUUCUAUGGGAGCUGGAGGAGUUGCUGAUUACGUUUGCUAGUCACUGUAAACAAAAAAGCCUCAAAGUAACUGAACGUUGCAAAUAGAUGAAAAUCAAAACAUAAAAUUUCAAAACAAUGUACUGUACCAAAUUCCUAAAAGGCUCAGCCAACCAUGCAAUGAGAAGGGCAAGUCUUCUCUCAUCCCACUAAAAUAAAAGUACAGGCAACCCCCCGAUUUGCACGGGGGUUGCAUUCCAGGUCAUCAUACAUGACGGAGGAGCGUGUAUAAGCCCAUUACACCCCUUUUCCGGCCACUGUGAUUCACACAUGCAUGGUCACGUGUCAGUUGGAUAUGCGUAAAUCAGUCAUUGCCUUUACCACAAAAGAGGCUAACGUAACUACCAAAGGCCUGGGCAAAAAGAAAUUUCUUAGCUUAGUGCCUGCAAACCUGACAGUGAUUGUCCCAGGCAUGUGUCUCUGCAUUCCACACAUUAGGGGCUACCACUGAAAAGGUCCAUUAUUGUGUGGUCACUUUCCAUGCCUGUCUCGGAUGAGGCAUGGACUUGGGUGGUGCUGUGGUCUAAACCAGUGUUCCCCAACCUUGGGUCUCCAGCUGUUUUCAGACUGCAAUUCCCAUCAUCCCUGACCACUGGUCUUGUUAGCAAGGGAUGAUGGGAGUUGUAGUCCAAAAACAGCUGGAGACCCAAGGUUGGGGAACACUGGUCUAAACCACUGAGCCUCUUCUUGGGCUUGCUGAUCAGAAGGCCAGCAGUUCGAAUCCACGCGACAGUGGUGAGCUCCCAUUGCUCUGUCCCUGCUUCUGCCAACCUAGCAAUUUGAAAACACACCAGUGCAAGUAGACAAAUAGGUACCACUGUGGUGGGAAGGUAAAUGGCAUUUCCGUACGCUCUGGCUUCCGUCAGUGUUCUGUUGCGCCAGAAGCAGUUUAGUCAUGCCGACCACAUGACCUAGAAAGCUGUCUGUGGACAAACGCUGGCUCCCUUGGCCUGAAGAGAGAUGAGUGCUACACCCCAUAGUUGCCUUUGACUGGACUUAACCAUUCAGGGUCCUUUAUCUUUACUUUUACUUCAGAUGAGGCCUCCAAUGAAGACUGCAGUAUACCACACAUAACACACUGCAGUGAUCUGACCUAGAGGGUAACAGAGCAUAGACACCUGAAACUAGAGUACCCCCCUCCACAUAGGGCCACAGCUGAACCGCCAGCCAAAGAAGGGCUAAACAUGUAGCCUUUCCUGGCUCAGUUAUCCACACCUAAGGUGUGAAUGUUGGAAUCAGGGCUGGGGAAGCUGCAACAUUGAGGAUGAGACCUGCAUCACAGCCCCACUGCCCCCCCUCAAUACAUGGACCUUGUUCACAUGCAUAACAUGUACAGGGACCUCUAUAAAGUCCUGGUUAUGCAGGGUGGGACUUAUAUGCAUAGACACCAUAGAGACACGUGUUUGGAGAAAACAUUUACAAAACUCGAAACAUGCUUUGCCAUCAGUUUUGUAUUCCAUCCACCAACACACUCCUUUUUCACCUUUGAUAACUUUACAUUCCUUGCUGCUUUAAUAAAUUCUGGUUUUAACAUUAUGCUGGUAUGCACAGAUGUUCUCUUGGCUAGUUAUUUACUAUGCUUGGCUUGUAGUCAGAAUCCGUAGCUGCACAGUAGUAAAUUGUGCAAGGACUGGUUGCAAAGGCCUGCGUUAAACUGAGAAAUACAUUAGUUCAUUGUUCUUGUCUACAUUUGCACACCCCAUAACCACACUUGCUCAGAAUACCUUCUGGCGCUAUGUUAGCAUGUCCAAAAAUGUCAUGUACAAAUAAGAUAUUGUUUCAAGGCAUUCUCUUGACAGCUGUUUUAUUACUUUACAUUUUUUAUCUCCUUUUCCCCAUAGUCAACCUUUCGUCUCUGUCCCAUCUUUACUAGUUAUCUCAUGCUGCCUUUCCCAUUUACCACAAGAGUAGCAUCUGUGUCUAAAUAACUCUAAUAGCAUUAUUACAGCAAGCCACUAGAGGAUUGGAGGUGCUCUAAUGUGUGCAGGUAGUUUCCUACCUUGCCCUAAAAAAUUACUCCAUUUAGUUCAAUGGUGCAACUCCCCAGCCCUGACACCAACAUCCACAGCUGCUCCUUCCAUUUAAUUGAAAAAGAAAGAGGAGAAUGAUGUGAGCAAGAGCUUUGUAUAAGCAUCAUAACACAUAGGAAUUCUGGAUUGUAGAAGUGUCCAUACUAUAUAAUGUAUGCAUCUAUAUUGGAAAGAAAACAUUUGAAGCACAAAACUGCAAACACAUGUUCUUUUUCUCAGUGACAGCCUCAUGUAUUUUUGUUCCAAUGUUAUUUUACUAGUUCCUUUGUUAUGAGUAUAACAUGAUUAUUCUAAAUUUAAGGGAUCUUUAGACAUGAAUUCUGCUAACACAUGUAAUAAUCUCAUUGAAAGUGACUGUGGGUGGAUGAAUAUCUGAGGUAUGUCUUUUAGACAUACUGUACUGGCCUAGGCAACCCCAACAUAGGUUAUCUGAAAAUCUGGUACACUGUAUAGCUGAAGUUAGACACCUAAGGCUGCAGUCCUAUACCCACUUAACUAGGGAUUAAUACCCACUGAACAGAAUGGAAUCUGCUUCUGAGUAAACAUACAUAGGAUUGCACUGUAAGCCCCACUGGUUACACGCAUAUAGUUCAAUUCCACAGAAAUCCAUGGGAUUCAAAGGCACUUUAACACUUUGAAUCAUGUCCUUGGAUAUCUUUAAAACUGGAGAAUUCUUAUCAAUGUACAUAUUUCAGUAAAUUAAUUUACUGUAAUAUAGUUACCACACAAUAGUUCCUUUCCUAUGCUCUGAUAGAUAUAUUUAUACUCUUAGUCCCUGUUUUUAUGACCUUAUAGUUUCUUAUGACCAACAGUUUUCCAUAGGAUUAAAAAUAUUUAUCCAAAAUGCCCCAAAUAUUCUGGUAAAUGGGCCUGUGUUUUACAUAUACCCAUCUCCCUGUGUAAGCUGCAUGGUGCAUCUCUGUGUGCACACGCUUGCAAAGAGUUGUUUUUAAAUAAUCACAGGUUUAGGAUUAAUGAGGUUUGGAUAAUGAGCUGGAGAGCAAUGCAUCAAAACAGCAUUAACAUAUGCACCAUUUAAAACAUUGAACUGAAAGUAUACACUGUUAAUCAUCUGCUAGAACAGCCUUCCCCAGCUCAGUGUCCUUCUGAAGCUGUUGGAUUCCCAUUAGCCCAUUAGCCAGCAUGGCCUCUGGUCAGAAAUGGUGGUAGCUGGUUCUCCAGAAUAUCUGCAGGUUAGUGAAGACUAUGCUAGAAUGUAAAUAUACUUAGGGUGUGAUCUAGUCAAAAAUUAAGCACUUUUUAAUUUCCGUCAACUUCAAUGGGACUGGGAGAGAUUUAGGCUUUGAUCCUAUAUACACUUGGGUACAAGUCCCAUUGAACUCAGUGGAGCUUACUUCUGAUAAAACAUGUAGGAUUGGACUGUUAGCAGGGUGCAAUGAAAUCAAUAGGAAUCUUAGUGAACUCACUGAGACCUAGAAGUGCUUAAUUGGGGGAUAGUUUUAUGUCCUUCAUGCUUUGUUCCUCCUCACUGAAUUUGGAUUUGUAUCAACGGAGGAAAAGACAUCAAUGGAGGAAAAUAGUACAUCAGAAUUUUAUUUUUGUCAGUGGAUUUUUCAAUGAAGUUACAUAGCUGUAUGUGGCAGGAACCUAGCAUAUUGCUCAUGGAUAUUUCCUGAAAAACCCCUGUGGGUUUUCAGGAUUGCUGUAAUGUCUUCCAUGUGUCUUCCUCCAAGAGGAUAGUGCCAAAAGUAUUUCUACAGAUGAAAAUGCUGUUUGGAAUUGGCUCUUUAUUUGCUGCAUUAGAGCAGCUACUGAAAGCAUUUACUGAACAUCACAGACUAGGGUCUUCUGGGGUUGUUUUGCUAAAUGGUUCCUCUUCCUUGGGGGGAGGGUGGCUUUUUCUUUCAAUCUAACCCUUGUUUAUGUGUGCAAUAGUUCAGGGCUAAUAACCCUGUUUCAGAUAAGAAGAUUUGGAAUGAGAGGUUAUCAAUGGGCUGGUCACUCUCUGUAGUAAAUAUUGGUAGAACAAGACUAUGGAGGAUGUUUUUAGCCUUGAGAUAAUUCCGCUUAGAAAAACCAGGAGGAAGUAAAGCAUUGUGAAUACUAUUAUUGAGAAACUUUGUGUAUGUCCUUGAAAAAAUUAUUGCAAGACUGGAUUUUUCAAAGGCCAAAAUAAUACCUAGGGACCCGUGUCCCGAUGACCAAUCUUCUUUCAGCCCUUAAUCUCUUGAUGCUGCUUUGAGCACUUGGUUUAAGGCAGCUUAUAAACUGAUCAAUCAAAUCAAAUCAUGCCUUAAUUUUGCUCCUGUGUAUUAGUGCUGACAUUGCUGUGUGCUUAAUGGAGAUUCUGCAGCUGUCUGAACACUUGAAAGCAUUUAAUAUUCCUUGGAUGUACGUAAUGCUGCUAAUAAUCUUUUUAUGAAUGAUACUAAGAUUAUUACACCAGUUUUGGAGGUGGGAUGGAAAAUUAUGGAGCUCUGUGGUCACCCAAGCUUCCCAUGACACCUGAUUCCUGGCUUUGUCCUGUGGAAGGUUUGGAGCCAGUGUUUUCUUUUCAGAUAAGAGUCCUGGGAAAAUUGGGGUCAAAAGAAAAUUGAGUACAAUAAUUUGCAGGAACUGGAUCUUGUGAUUGUUCAGGGACCAUAGCUCAGUGGUAGAGCACAUGCAUAGAAUGCAGAAGGUCUCAGGUUGCAUCCCUAGCAUCCUCGGCUAAAAGAACCAGGUAAUGGGACAUCAUCUUACCAACAAAGGUCCGUAUAGUUAAAGCCAUGGUUUUCCCAGUAGUGAUGUAUGGAAGGGAGAGCUGGACCAUAAAGAAGGCUGAUUGCCAAAGAAUUGAUGCUUUUGAAUUAUGGUGCUGGAGGAGACUCUUGAGAGUCCCAUGGACUGCAAGAAGAUCAAACGUAUCUAUUCUUAAGGAAAUCAGCCCUGAGUGCUCACUGGAAGGACAGAUCGUGAAGCUGAGGUUCCAAUACUUUGGCCACCUCAUGAGAAGAGAAGACUCCCUGGAAAAGACCCUGAUGUUGGGAAAGAUGGAGGGCACAAGAAGAAGGGGACGACAGAGGACGAGAUAGUUGGACAGCAUUCUUGAAGCUACCAGCAUGAGUUUGACCAAACUGCGGGAGGCAGUGGAAGACAGGAGUGCCUGGCGUGCUCUGGUCCAUGGGAUCACAAAGAGUCAGACAUGACUAAACAACAACAACAACAACAAUAGGAAAAGACCUCUGCCCGAGACUCUGGGGAGCCACACCCAACUAGCAUAAAGAAUACGGGGACCACAUCAAGAGAGGGCUCUUGCUCUCCUUGUGUUCUGCUUGUGGGGUUUCCAGAGGUCUUUGUUUGUCAACUGAGUGCUGGGCUAGACAGGCCUCUGAUGCCUUUUGGAGGUCUUCACAGUUUAUAUGGGUUUUCAGCACCUUGGUUAACUUGGUCUUAUUGGCAGACUUGACUGCAUCCUUGCUUACCCCCGACUUCAAAUAAUAUACAACAAUUACUUUCCUGACUUUCCCUAGGAUUUUUUUUUAAAAUGGUGCUACAUUAGCUGUCUUCCAGUUCUCCAGUAAGGAGGUUGAUGUUAGUGACAAGUUGCAUUUUUUCUGUUAGAAGAUUAACCAAUUUCACAGUUCUUUAAGAACUCUCAGUGAUGCCAUACGGUCCUGGUGACUUGCUAAUUUGUACGUUGUCAGUUAGCUUCAGAACCUCAUAGAGUCACAGAAUUGUAGACUCAUAUUACUCUUCUUUGAUUCAGUUAAUUGUUUCAUUUAAUGACUGCUGCUUUUCAUUAUUGCUGUAUUAAUGCAUAGCUUCAAUAUUAUCUAUUUUGUUAAUUUUCUUUUGUUAGCUGUUGUAAGUAUUCAUUUGAAUGGAAGAGAGGGAUAGAAAUAUUAAAUAAUAUAAUCUCAUAAUAAUAAUUCUUCAGAUGCUCUCUCCCCAAAACUGGUUUGGGGUGGAUAUCUGGCUGACUUCAGAUAUGCAGUAAGAAGAAUUCAAAUCAUUCCUUUGGCUUUUCUUUCAUUUCCCCAUCUUCCUUUAAUAAUCAUUUUGCACCCUUUGCAUCUAAUGAAUGAACUGCCUUCCUGGUUCCUGGUUCUAGCCCCCAAAUCCCAUUCUUCUCUAUUCUCUUUCCUCUACCGAACCCUGUAUUUUUUUUUUUUAAGGUGAAGGUAAAGAUUGAGAUUGACCUGGGAUGAGACAUUCUGGUGUUUCCUUCACUCCUUUAUGUCAGAUAAGAAGGGAAUUCUGGACAAGCUUGUGACAGGAAAUCCUCCUGCACUUUGGUCUCACCAACAUGCUGCUCUCAUCCUGCCAUUUCACAGAGAGGGGGAACUUGUUUUGCUGACAAGACUGUUUAAAAAUUGUUUCCAGCUGAGGUGGGCUAGUUGGAGUUUGCAUUUUGAACCUAGCAAUGAAAGGCUGGCAGAACCAGAUAAGAUCCAUGUCAGACAGCCUAAGUACAUUAUACAGCAGACAGCAAAUGCAGAGGAGGAUCAAUUGGAGAAGUUUAGAAAUUGCUGCUGAAAAAUAUAUUUUUCAAGGUGAUUUUUUUUUAAAUGUCAGGGAAACACUAUAGUUGCACAAAAGGGGUUUUAUGACUUUUUAAAUUCCUUUUCUUCUUCUCCCAUUCAGGUCCUGUUUGUUCCCAGACACUGGUGGCAUUAUGUAGAAUCCAUUGACCCAAUCACUGUUAGCAUAAACUCAUGGAUUGAACUGGUAACUAUCCCCCCCCAUUGUUUAUCUCUUAAAACCAUCAGGCACACACAUGGCCUGAAUGUUCACAGAUGGGCAUGACAUCUGGAAAUGUGCUGGAGUAGUUUAUAAUAAUGAUCUAGCUACCUAUUUCCAUACAUCCUACUAAGCAUACUUGACUGCAAUGAUCACAGGUUCUUUCCCUUGCCACUGUUGACCUUCCCCUUCCCAUGUUGUCUCCCCUGCAUUGGAAUUACAUAGAUUGUAAGCCGCUCAGGACAGAGACCUGUCUCUUACACUUUGUAAUGUGCAAUGUGUAAUGUACAUAGAUGAGGCUAUAUAAAUCAUCACCCACAUACUGUUGGACGCAUAUCAACUCUAGCCAACAUGGCCAGUAGUUAGGGCUGGGAGUUGGAAUCCAGGAGGGCCACAUGUACCCCACCCCUUGCUGUAGUUUAUUUUUGUGUGUGUGGUUUAAAAGCCGAGCGUAUUUUCAUCUCUCUCAUGAAAUUUCGAAGAAACAGCCUUUGGAGACCAAGACAGUACAAGCUAGAGUGGGUGGAGAGGAACAAAAGUGAAGAUGCUACUAGUGCGUCUUUUUAGUUAAAAUGUCUGCUUCACUUUGAUGUAGGUGUCAUAUUAUCUUCCUCCCCCCACAACGUUUAUAUCCCAUCUUGUCUUCUACCGUGGAACUCAUGGCAGUCUAUAUAUAUAUAUGGUUUUCAGGGUGAUCCAUCAACAGUGGUCAGACCCAGAUCUGCUUAGUUUCAGCAAAAUGGGGGCCUCAUGUGCCUUCAUGCCAUGUAACUUGGAACUGAAUCUGACAUCCUGAAAAUCCCAUGGCUUGGUAGUAUUCUACACAGGAUGCCUUCCUCAUCUUUUUACAAAAUGGCGUAUGCUCUUGAAGUCAAAGCUAAGCAAACAUUAGUGUUUUGUAGUCUCCGGUAUUGCUUGAAUGCAGCAUGCUGGACAGAAGUUAUUAACUAUCUCCCAAAAUUAAAAACCUCACAAACAGUUUGGAGGCUUCCAGCUAAUAAGUUGACUGUGGGCAUUGCUUAACCCGAGGAAUGCCUGCAUGUCGUCUUUUGGGUGACAGUUGAUUAUACCCUAUUAUCCCUAGAGAUGACAGCACCAUUACUUUUUAAGUGUCGGGCUAUCUGUCUUAGAAAAAUAAUGCGUGACACGGGUGUUAAAAUGUAAUAUCAAGAACAUUUUCAUUAUUCACUCAAGCAGUUCUCCAGCUUCCAGCAAUAACCAGCUGCUACCACGUUGAUAUGAUAGGUGUGUGUCAGGCCCACUUCAAUAGCCUUACUGAUACAAUUAAUUAUUUCGUUGAGACCUUAUAAUAAAGGAUAAAGUUUUAAUUUGUUUUCAACACACUGAGACCACUUCAACUCUUGCUUCUUAUGGUAGGGGGGGAUUAAUGCUAUUCAUGGAUACUUUGAGGCAAAAUGAACUUUCCAGGCUUGCAACCCCUUGAGAUGCUUUAAGAAUGUUCAUGUACCGAGGUAAGCUAGCCUAAAUGUGUACAUACUAAAAUGUGAAUAGAUGCGCUGAAAAGUUUCAGGCUUAUGAAGCUGCAUUGCAAUAAUAUCAAAACGUCUGCAGGAAAGGACAUGUAAAACCACUGGAGUCCAUUUUCCUAGGAAACAGCCCACCUGCUCUGAAUUUAACAGGUACAGACCCCAGAUCUUUUUCUGCAUAUAUACUUCACAAUCAGACCGUAUGAUGAAUUUCUUAGUCUUAAGAUUAUAAACUUAUUGCUGGUACUCUAAGACUACAUACAUUGUGACUGUCCAUGAAAUAAAAUCAUGAGAGCUACCUUAAUUGUUUAGACUGGAGCAGAAUAUUUGAAAAAAAGAAUUGUAGAUUCUGGUAAGAUUGUCCGCAAUUCCUAACAUCAGUUUUAUAUUACAAGUCUCUGGCACUACAUUUUAGUUCAAUUUUACAUGAGAUUCCCUAGCAACUGCCCUGAUGUGAGACAAUGAAGUGGUCCUUCUGCCAAGCUUUCUUUUUCCUAAUCACAAUUAGUAUUUUGCUCUGAUUUCCUAGGAUUAUUGAGCACAUUGAAGCAGUUGUUCCCAAACUAUUUAAUAAAUGGAACUUACCAAAGGAAACAGUAUCUUGUCGCACCAUGUCUAAGAGUUUAUACAGAGUUUUGGGACUGUGAUGAUGAUGAUGAUGAUGAUGAUGGUGAUAUUGCGUAACUCAUAAAAAUGACUCGAAGUGACUUGCAAACACAGUAGAAGUCCUAAAGCCAUUUGCAGUAAACACAAUCAAUAAAAACUUAAAAAGCAAACACACACAUAUUUAAAGAAGAAAACGCAAGUCUAGCUUUUAUUGCACGACUUCAGCGUGAGUUGAUAAAGAUAGCAAACAGAGACUGAUGCUGGACCAGCAAAGGCUGUCUAGUCUGUACAGGUUGCAAUCCUCCUUUGAUAACUUUGAACUAGAUCAAUCUGGUGUUAUUUGUUUGAUAUAGAUGUGAUAUGGCACCAUCAGAAAUGCUAACACUUUAUUCCAGAUAGUGCUUCCUUUGCUGGUGCAGUGAUAAAUAGUAGAGAUGAAAGAGGAAUGGGACGGUAGGUAGAGGAAGGUAGAUUUUAUGCAGUUUCCAUGGGGAAGGAACAAACAUCUCCUUAUACACCACCUUCAGUUUCCUUCCAGCCAAACUCAAGCAAGCAAGCAAGCAAGCAAGCCCCAUUUCUUCAAUCUGCCUCCAUCUUACUAUUUGCUAUGGUGCCAGGAAUACCACGUUACACGUUGAAUUUGCUUCUCCUUGCCCAUAAACAGUCCUCCGAUCCAAAGCAAUUCACUUAAACAAGAAAGCCUGCCCUGCCUGUGUGUCUCAUCCUGAUGAAAUCCUAAAUUAGUCUUUGUAUUUCACCGCCUAAAGGCACUCAGAAGAGACAUGACAGCUUGUAACAUGUAAGAAUCAAUUACUGGAUUCUUGUUUCAUCUUUAAAAGCUGUGUGCUGGUAUCCUUCGUUAAAGACAACAUUUGCUUUUCCUCCCUGCUGCUGCUAUUUAAGGCUGCAAUAAUACAUCAGUGGGUUGGUGAUACUGUCAGAUGACAGUAUGCUCCCUGGAAUUUAAAAUGAUUUAGUUUUGCAUUUGUAAUAGCUCCCAAGGCAUUUGCUGUCUCUCAGAAAUAUCCUUUGUGUCUUAGCUUAAGUCAUUUAGAGAUACAAUUUUGGACAUACCUUUUUGAUCUUCUUGAGUUAAAGACCCUAUACAUUAGACAGCAUCCCUGUGGUAUAAAUUAAGGUUCACAAGACUCAAUUAACUUAACAAGACGCUAAUACAGUGUAUUGUCCGCCAAUUAGAAACAUGUAAUUGCUUGAUCAUGUGGCUUUUAUGGGCAUACUAUGCCUAGCUAUGAUAAUAAGGGAUGUUAAUUCCCCACCCCACCCCCAAGUGUAUGUGCUGGAAAUUAGAGAUCUCUUUAACAUGAGAGUCUUCUUUCCUUCAACUAUUGCAUCCAGCCUUGUGCAACAGGACUUUCCUUCCAUCUCCUCCCACAGUGUGCCCCUGAGAUUGGUUCAGGUGGCGGGAGAACCCUCAGAACAGUGCAGGGGGAGGUGAGGGGGGUUGUUCUGUCUGGCAUGCUUGCCCUGAUGGAAAGAUCAACAUAACACAAUAUUAAAUUCUUCCCUUGAUUUGUGUAUUGUACAGGAAGUCAUUAUGUCCCCAAUUCUGUGUUGCUGGACCCCCCAUCAUCCCCAGUCAGCAUGGCUGAUAGUCAGGGGGUCAAAGGAGUUACAGUCCAAAAAUAUGAUGUAACCUAAGUUUAGGGAAGCCUUCUCUAGUACUACUGGGUGAGUUCCGGGAUGAGGAUUCUUCAGAGGUUCGGGGCACCAUAGCUCCCGAAGAUGUCAGUGUGUGAAUGGUGAAACCAAUAACUCUGAGCUGCAGCCCCUCCAUUCAGUGACUAUAAGUCAGUAGAAGACAUGCAGAAGCUCCCAGGUUUUAUCCUUGACAUCCCCAGUUAAAAGGGCCAGGUACCAGGUGAUGGAAAAGAAACGUGUGAAACCCUGGAAGAGCUGCUGCCAGUCAGAGUAGACAAUUUUUGUUAUUGUUGGCAUCCAUCUGUAUAAGAGACAGGUCUCUGUUCUGAGCAGCUUACAGCUGAUAUAAUUGCAAUGCAGGGGAGACAACAAAGGAAGGGGAAGAGUUUUCCUUCUCCUAGAUGGGCUACCUUCCUGGGUUAAUGAGCUCCAUCUGACCCCCACUUCCUUCUACUGCUAUGGAAUUCAACUUCUUCCUAGAAAAUAAACCCCAGCUUUCAUUAAAAAACACAACAUCCUAGUCAUAAAGGUUGGAUUAUUGGUGGAAAGACUGGUGAAGUCUCAGAAUAUGCCACUGAACAACAAUUGCUAGAGAGCAACAGCAGGAGAAGACUAUUACUUGCAUGUCCCGCUUGGUGGAGAAGUUAAACAAUCUCACUUGGUAUAAGUCCGCUUCUGUGUUUCCAAGUUGCUUGAGAAAUUUGUGAGAUCUUCUUUUCUGGAAAAGUUUUUUUAAGACAGGAUGGAUAAAAACCCAUCACAGAAGAACUAAUUCUGCCCUAGUACUUAUGUUAUGGGCUGCCCUUGCAAGAGGUGUCUUCAUUCACAACCCAAAGUCCAAGAACAACCUGAAAGCAAAAACGUGGCCUUUUGUACUUCUUUGUAGUGAUUUUUUGCUUUAUCAGUUCCACUAAAGAAGAGUGGCUGGCUCAAAGCACAUUGGGCUUGAUCAAUCACCUGUUCAUUGCACCUCUGAGUUUCCCUCUCUUCUUAUUUCUGCUCUCCUUUCUAUCCAUUCCAGUUAUCACAACGUUAGCUUUUGUUUCUCUUGUAGGAUGCAGAUCAUGAAGCCCGUGUAGAAGAGGCAAUAACUCGAACGCUGAUAUGUGCAAUCAAAUCUGCUGAAACCACCAGUGCAUCAGAUUCCUGGCUCAACCCCACAGAGGUGAAGUUCCGCAUUAAUAAGCCAUGGUUUUCACUCCUUUGAUCCAGUGACAUUUUUGUUUCCUAAACUGCAAGUCUAUGCUCCCCCACGCCCCCACCUUUGCAGCUGAAUUUUUAGUAACUUUGGCAUGGCAGAGCCUGAGUCUUCAUGGCUGCUCUCCAUUAUCUUGGUUUAACUCCUCGCUGGAAGCGUACCCCGUGUCUUUCAAGGAUUCCCUCCUCCAAAUCCAGAGAUUCAGAAGUGCAGAUUGCACAACCUGUACAUAUCUAGCCACUUGCCCUGUAUGUAGUAGGGAUGGUCAGGGAAUCGAACACAGUUAAGAGUGUGGGUGUGUGCACUGCAUGGCUCUGGGAUUCCAUUCAGUGCACAUUGUUGUUCUUAAGUCCACCCUAACAUCAUCACAUAUUACUGUAAAGACCAGUGCUUUAUGGUAAGGAAGCACUUUGACAGGGAUAGUUUAAAUUUAUUUGACAUUCGCUUUUUGCAGGCAAUAAAUAUGCCACACAAACUCAGGCUUGCACAGGCAGCUCUUGCUUAACCAGCUUCCUCCUUUGCUUUAAUAGAGGGGAAAGUCCCAUGCAUGCAAUGUCUGGGCUGGGCUAGUGGGCCACCUUGGUUGAAAUGAAAGCAAGCAGAAAAGCACCCAAAGAACACAAUAGGGUGGCAAAACAAAGUGGAAGCAAUGGGGAUAGAUGAAAAGGACAAAACAUAUAAACAAUUCCUAAGAUUAGCAGAGAAGGUAUCACCUGUUUAUACACUGAAUGUAUUUUAUUUUCUAGGUUGAAGUAACUUCCCAUGAAACCAAUCUUCAGUAUGUGAAUGGGGCUGUUUCUGCAUAUUUAGAGCAUCAGAAGACUAGUAAAAUUGAAGACAUGGACCCUAGAACUGAAGAGGUUAAUCAAUACCCAUGUAAAAGAAAGAAGGUCCAAGGGAGAUCAAAACCUGAAGGCUUCCAGUUGAUGUCCUGUGAAUCUAGCCUAACCGUGAUCCAAGGAAAGAAACUGGAAAAAAUUCCAUUUGGACAUAAUCUUUUUCAGGUUUUACCACAAUUCUGGGAAACAGAUUCAAUUGGUUCAGCUGAAAAUGACAGUAAAGGGUCUCCAAAUGAAAAUGAUGAACACUUUGGAAAAUUGCAUUGUGCUGGGAAGACAUCAAAAGUGAUUGGUGAUUCUGGAGCAUUAGUAGAUCAGAAGGAUCCAGGAUGUAGUACCAUCUCUCCACAAGCAGUUAUUUGUACAAAUGAUUUGCUAGAUUGUGUGCUAAAUCCCCAAGUCAUCCGUUUAAUGGCUCAACUUUUGAUAGAAAGAGCAAGUGUUUAAAAUGUGUUCCUUUCUGAAAAUUAAAAAAAACAAAUGACAAGUACGUUCUGGAGGUUCCACAGCUUCUGUACUAAAGACUUCUUAGCUGCGCAUCAGCAUCAGCUCAACUGCAAACUUCCAAACAAUACAGCAUCUAACUAUGUCAGGGCUUUUGUAACCAUUUCUCAUGGGGUAGCCAAGUUUAUGUGUUGCAGCAGAAGCAACGGUCUUUUGGUACCUUAAAAACAAACAAUUGUCUUUAUGCAUAAAAAUAGAAGAAGAAUCUUGCUGGAUCAUUUAUGUGUUUUAUCAGAAGGCUAAGACAACACAAAUCAUUGUCAAAAUAUAUAAAUAAAUUGUUUAUUUUAAGAC